CUCUGACGUCAGGCCGCGGUGUCCGCCGGUCAGACCGGGCUCUCUCUCCCUCUCUCUCUGUCGAACAAGAUGGCGGCCACAGCGCCCGGGGAUCCCGGGACCCAGCUCCCGCCGCACCGAGCGGCCCCGGCCCGGAUCGGGUACUACGAGAUAGAGCGGACUAUCGGCAAGGGGAACUUCGCGGUGGUGAAGCUGGCCACGCACAUCGUGACCCGGGCAAAGGUAACCGGGCAACGGGGGGGAUACGGGGGCCGGUACCCCGGUGUCAGACACCCCGAGACCCCCGGCCUUCACUGGGCCCCACACUGCGCCAUUAUCCCCUCCUCCUCCUCCUCCCUGACACGGCCUGGGGGGGGACCGGGGUAGCGGGGGGGUGGGGGGGGGAGGUGUUUUUGGGUUGAAAUAUCCGGAUUUGUGGUAAAGGGGGCUGGGAUUUCCGGGAUAAUGGGGGGUGGGGGGGUCCUGUCUGGGGAGCAGAGGCAAUGUCCAAGUGGCAGGAGAGUGGCGGGGCUUAUCACCUAAAUUGGGAAAAGUGGAGAAUGGAGAAGAAAAAUUCAGAUUUAUUUUUUAUUUUUUGCAAAAAAAAUAUCCAAAUUGAGGAGAAAACAAAUUAUUAGUUCAUCUCCGCCAUCCUGACUGCAUUCUGUGUAUGUUGGUGGCCUACGUUUAGCGAUAUCUCCUUUUUUUUUUUUUUUCUCCCACAAUUCUUCGUUUAGUAAAUAGACCCCCCUGGCGUUGGUAAUAAUGGUGGAGGGACAGGGUCCGGUUUCUUCGUUUAGUAAAUAGACCCCCCCCUGGCGUUGUUAAUAAUGGUGGAGGGACAGGGUCCAUUUUCUUCGUUUAGUAAAUAGACCUCCCGGCAUUGGUAAUAAUGGUGGAGAGACCGGGUCCGGUUUCUUCGUUUAGUAAAUAGACCUCCCCCCCCUGGCGUUGGUAAUAAUGGUGGAGGGACAGGGUCCGGUUUCUUCGUUUAGUAAAUGGAACCCCCCCCAGCGUUGGUAAUAAUGGAGAGACAGGGUCUGGUUUCUUCGUUUAGUAAAUAGACCCCCCCCCGGCGUUGUUAAUAAUGGUGGAGGGACAGGGUCCAUUUUCUUCGUUUAGUAAAUAGACCUCCCCCGGCAUUGGUAAUAAUGGUGGAGAGACCGGGUCCGGUUUCGGAGAGACUGACCGGUGUUGGGCUCAAAAGUGACGAGCCCGGCCAAAAGGAACCGGGGAGAUAGGGAGAGGUAUUGACAGCGGGAAGAGGAUGCUAAUCCAAUGUAGAAGGUUCCCAUGAACGAAGGCACCGUGUAAUUAAAGUAUGAACUGUCCCACUUAGAAAUUAAAAAAAAAAUAAAAAAAAAAAAAAUUUUAUUUUUUAUUUUGAAUCAGAAUUGGAAAAAUUCUUCAAGCCGGCUAAGUAUUUAUUUAAGCUAUAUUGGCCUAAAAUUUGAAAUUCCUUUUGAACUUCGGGAAUAGUCCUCACUGUGGUUAUGAUGGCGAUAACCAAUUGCUGGUGUCAACGUUCAAGCACGGCUUAGUUGGCUAACCUAGGUUAGUGAGUCUUUCCAUGUACCCCCAAAUGUCAACCUUGUUUGUGGGGACAAAGUACUCCAAAAUCAACAUAUCCUUUGUAAAAAGCCUGCAUAUUGAAAUUCUAGGAGCACUGAUUGAACCCUGUCGUAAGAACCCAAUAAGGUAUGCAUGCCACAUGUUGAAGAAGUUUCACAUAGUCAUCAGUUACAUAGGGAAAAAGGUGUAUCACAUGUAUGUUUGGGACAGUGUGACUGCUCUUACUUGGGUGUCGUAUUUGCCCUGGGGGGGUUGGUGUGAAGUAUCAUCUGCCUAAUGAGAGUUGUGUUAUAGAUGUUUUGUCACCUGUCACUGGGAUGUUUGUUGUAGAACGUGACAGACCCAGCUCAUGCCUCAGGAUUUGGCAACAGAAUUGUGAGAUUUAAAGAGCUGUCUCCUAAAAUGAGGUGAUGGUGUCAUGGUGAUGUGGAAGAGAUCCUGUGAUCCAUUUUUGUGCACAGUUUGUUUCCAUUCUUCUAUUCAGUUUCCUUUGCAGUUGGCAAUAUUGUCACAUCACCCCUGGUAGCAAAUGAUAAUUGGUACCCCCAACCAUUCUUCUGCAAUAACAAAUGUGAUAAUUACAAGGGCUUUGUGAUUCUAUGUAUACAUGUCGGUCUAUGAGCACAGAUCAUGCGUAUUCAUGUCUACGCUUAUCACCUCCAAUAUUAAUCUGGCUCAUAACAGUUUGGUUUAAUGCUUUCUUCUGGUUAUAUAAUGCAUCAUGUAAUAAUUUAGUGUUUCUGCAUUUUGUCAUUCAGCUGCUGGGGCAGACAAAUUUGUUAGACAAAUAACUCCUUUGAAAGUUGAACUGUAGAAUGACCUAUUAUGUUAUGCUAGUGUUACAUAAAUGUUCCUAGAGAACAUGUGAGCUUUGAGUGCAUUGAUGGACAUUAGGUAGCUCUCCAGUUGUUGAUUUGUAAAAUAAGCUAUUCAGCAGGAGUUUAUUCUUCGGUGAUUGAACAUGUAUUUUGAGGUGUGGAUUUUGCAGCUAUAUAUAACUUGGUGUUGCUUAUUCAAUAAUUUUUAUUGAAUGAUCUGACCACUUUACUUUUGCAAAAUUUUGGUUUGCGUGUGUGACUAGUGCAAUAUAGUUAUGGUGGCCACUUGAGAUUAAUGCUGUUCCUACAGUACAUUAGCAUGUGAAAACAUAUAUGCAUUUGAGUUCAGUCCAUAUUAGUGUAUUCUUCUCCCACCGCAAACACUUAAAUUAACACUUCCACCACCCAUAACUAACUUAAUCUCAAUGAAGUUGUUAUGGGCGCAAGAGUGCGUGAGCAGCGUCUUGCCUUCAGGCAUUAAUACCAUUUUCCAAUGGUUUACCAGUAGCAUUGGUCUCUGUGUCUGAUUGCUAUGUUUCUUCUUCUGGCCACCAUCCACUCCAGGAAUGUUUGCUGUGGCUGCCGGUGAUGGGCAGAGAGCGACAGCUGACUCUUCUUUUCACUAUUUUUUUCAUCCUGUUCCCGGUCAUAAAAUAGAUUCAAUUAUUGAAUCUGUUUUAGUACAAAGCCCCCAAUACAUGCAAGCAGCCGUUAGUAGUGCUGGGAUUGCAAAAUGUAAACAGUGUUACAUUCGCAAGACUGCAGGGGCAGCAUAUAUGCUCCAAAAUCACUUCAUUAUAUGGUCACUUCAGGCACCAUAACAAUGUAAUCACAAUUAAGUUUUUUUUAUGGUGGGUGUGCCGUUUUACCCAAGAGGCUGGACCAUAACAGUUUAACUUUAAAUUUCCAAGAAGGUGCCCGUUUGCUCUGCCCAGCUACUUUUACUAUCAAAUUUAUAGAUUGGAAGAAAAACCUGUUAAAAUAUAUAUAUUUUUUUUUUAUCAGCUGUCAAUCAUAUCUUUGGCGCAGACUCUCUCUGCUGAGGAAUUGAUUGGUAUAGAGAGCAGAAGAGACUGAUCCUUCUGCUCUUGACCCUUAGCAACCACAGCGCAUGUGCUUUGGUUGCUAUCCUAACUCCUUAGCCUGUGCUAGGAGCAUAGAAACGGACCCUUCAGACGCUGGCAGCAAAGCCACCAUGUCACUGUCAUAGAGGAUAUUUUGUUCUGCUUGAGCAAAUCAGUGAAGUGGCUGCAUGGAGUGCAUGUUGAUCAGAGGUUGGUGUUACAGAACUCUCUGUAGUGAAAUCAUGGUGUGUGAUAGGAGAAUUAAGCAAGAGGGUGACAGGUUUCCUUUAAUACUUGUACGUAAUUUAAUAAUUUAAGACAUCUUAUCUAGAAAGUUGACACCUCAUGGUAGAAUUGGGUCAUUCUUUUGGGAAAGAAGAUUCUUUUAUGUUUAUAAAAAUUAGAUUGUCCUAAGAGCUGUGUAUUGCUUUCUAUUUUGAUGUGAUAAAGUUUUGGUAUCCAAAUCAUCUUCUCAGAUCAACCACCCAAUAGUCAUUCUAUGCACCAAAAUUUAAAUCCGUUGAUGAUCAGAUAUAAAAAUAAUUCCUCUGUGUCAUAUAUAUAUAUAUAUAUAUAUAUAUAUAUAUAUAUAUAUAUAUUUUUUUUUUUUAUUUACACCAAUUGGCUCCAAUAUAAAACUGUUUUAGUAGGUAAAAUAUAGUUGGGUCAUAUUUUUGGAGAAAAGUCUCAAGAAAUCCACCUGGAUACAUAUCUUCCAACAUUCUUUCCAAGAUUGCUACUGCUAACAUUUUCUUCCAUGGCAGACUUACUAAUUCUCUCCCCAUGCAUAUUUGUGUCUCUUGGUUUUUUUUUGUUUUUGUUUUUUUUUUUAUUUAUUUUUUUUUUAUCAGCAGCUCCCCACCAAAACUUUCAUUGACUGUGCUCAAGAAAAUCUUUCUUUUAUCUAACCACAACACAUGACGAGAGACCGCUCAUAGCCAAGUCAUCUUUUUCUAAUAGUGUACCAUUCCCACUUGUGUAACAUUCGCAUUCUAACAUCCAGGCAACUAUAUAUGUAAAUGUCACUUUGUAAUACAGAUCCUACUUGUUGAUAUUGUCCUUUUGUUUAGUGUCAUUAAAAAAAAAAUCUCUAAGACUCUGUAUCUUUUUAAAGGAACACUAUAUCUUACUGGAAUGCUUUGUGUUAAGUGUGUUCUUUUGGUUUUCAUUUUGCAUGAGAGAUUUCAAGAGAAGCUGGAACUUUUUACAAUUUAGCAUUGUUACACUCCCUUGGCUGUCAAUCAGGCAUCUGGUUGUGUUAAUCCCUGGCAGUUUAGCUAUGUGGAGCUAAACUUAGUAGGCGGACAAUACCCAGAGCAACUGCCUUGCAAAAACUUUUCAUUGAGCUGCAUUGGGAAGGCUGCGAUUGGACAGCCACAGACAAUUUGAGUGGAGUUAGAAGAGGAGGGCUUACCAUGGCUGCAGAUUUGGCAAGUUGUCUUUAGAUAUACCCCAGUGAAAAAAUGCAUAAGUGUUUUGGUUUUAAUUUGGGGUAUAUCUACUAUAAAGUCAUUAGAAUUGUUUUUGGGCAGUAGAGUAUCUUUAUGUGGUUUUAAAGAUGACAACCCAAAUAAGAUUAUUUUGGGUAUAUCCGAUUUCAUUACUUUAAAAACAGUAUAUCUGCGUGAUUCCAACACUUUAAAUUCUGUAACAUGCUCUUUAUAUGGAUCCUCUGGAUUUAUCACAGUGAUUAUUUAAUCCGCAAAUAAGGUCAUUGUUCUAUAACACUGGUCGUCUAUCUGUCAUGCUAGACUGAAGACAUAUUUUCAUUUAUUUUCAUAUUCUCGUGUAUAACACAAUAGUACACAUUUUAAUUCUUAUAUAUGUAUGUUUUCCCUGCCUGAAGAUUCAUAAUCAUUUGGUGUUUUUUGUCCAGGUUUUAAGAUCCUGUUUUCCUUUUCUAGGCAAUCUCCAACACUGAGCUAAGAGUGGUGGUACUUAGAAAUAAAAUGUAUGUAGCGUUCCAUUUGCCCAAAAGUCAGUCCCAGCUUGGAAUACCCUCAAUACUUAUGUAUUUACCUUUGUUACUACACCUUCACUUAAUCAUAGACGUGUGUGUGCCACUCAAUCUAGUCAAGGCAUUUUUCCAUCCUUUUAUAUCAAUCUAUAUAUUAUUUCUUAAGGGGACACUACACAUUAUAACCGCUCCAACUCAAUAAAGGGAUUAUGCUGGUUGAAGGUUACAAUAUAUUUGAGUGGUUUAAAACUGAAGGUCUCUGGGUGCACAGUCCCUUUCUGCAGUGAUGGGCAACAGUAAUUGGCUGGUGAGUUUGGUUAAGACGUAGUGUAAUGCCCAGGAAUAAAUCAGAAAAGUCUUAAAGAGUACAGGGCACCAUAAACACUCAAUCUCAUUUGAGUGGAUAAACUUGUGUUAAACUGUUUUUAAAUUGGUUUAAUUAUGAAUGAAUGCGGUCAGAUCCCUCUGUGCUUCUCAGGCUAAUGCUUCUGCAUUCAUCUGAACAGCAGUGAUAGACUGAGAUGUUCAACCUAUCACAAGCACACGUUUCUUCUAUGAAUUGCUACAGCUAAAGUGGAGUCUAAUUUCUGCCUACCCCUACUUCUAUCAGGGGGUGGGCUGCAUGGGACCCUUACUCAAUGUAAACCUUUUGAAAACGAUUCAACACUGACCAAAGAGAGCGCCAUGGGACUCGGUACUAUAUCCACUUUAUUGAGGUGAAAUGGUUAUAGAGUUUAGCCUGUCCUUUUACAUUUUUCCUAUAUUGACACUUUUAGAUUUUUCUUCACUUUUUUUUUUUAUUUUUUAUUUUUUUUUGUACCAUUGUUGUGGAGCCACAUUAUUAUGACCCUAGAAAUUCCUUCUCUGAGUCCUUUGGGUUUUCUGCCAACAUUCCAUUUUAACCUAAAGGGAAACUACAGUGCUAGGUAAACAAAGUUGUUUUACUAGCACUAUAGUGCCCCCCUUCCUCGCGCCCACCCACCCCAGUGCUGAAAGUAAAAACCCCUUUAUCACUUACCUGACUCCUGCACCGAUAUCCCUCAGCACCUAAUGUGUAUGUGUGCCGAGCGGCUCAAUCGCUUUAGGAUUUCCCCCAUCGGAAUGCAUUGUAUAAUGCUUUCCUAUGAUGUUUUGGGUGAUGCCCUCAUGCAGAGCAGUUAUCAGAUGGCCAAAAGUCGCCGAACCACCCGGAAGUCCCUCUAGUGGCUGUCUGGUGGAGCUAUCCCUGCAAGGUAAUUAUUGCAGUUUCUCAAAAAUUUCAGUUGCGGGGUAAAGGGGCAGUGCACCCAGACCCCUUCAAUGAGCUGAAGUGGUCUGGGUGCCUAUAGUGUCCACUUAAAUAUAUAGACCUCAAUUUUUUUUUUUCCUGAGUAAUAAUUUUAUAGAUCUUUGACUCUGUUGGUGAACCAUCCUUUUAUAUGUGUAAAUUUUGGAUGCUUUAUUACCCCAGACGUAUUGUAGAUAUAUGCAGGUAAUGUUGAAUAGAAUUCCAAGGUUUAUAAAAAGGCAAUGUUAUAAAACUUUUCAAUGUGGAAGAUAAUUAUUAGCAUCACAUAUUGGAUAAAUUGGAUAAAACAGCCAGUAUCUAAAGUAGCUGGAUGCAGUAGAUUGGGAAUAUUGUUGUAUAUAAGAAGAGGUUAAAGUAACAGCAGAUCUGUAUUCAAUUUUCUACGGCUAUCUGCAUUCUAAUUCAUAUCCAGGGUACACCAUGCAGCUGUCACUGCUACCAGUUAUCCUUAACAGCACUGCUGUGCUCCAGACUUUGCAGGUUUAUACAUCACUGCUCGGGACUGCAGUGUCUCUCUUAUUCAGGACUUUAAUUCAUGCCCUUAGGAAGUGAUUCAUUGCCUUCUCAAAGCAAUGUAUUGAAUGUGUUCAUCAAGUGCAGAGUUUUGUUUAAUAUUUGAUAGAUACAUUGUUCAGUGACACUGAAGGACAGUGUGUUUGCUCUGCUUUUUCAAGUGCAGACUUGGAGCUGACAGUACCUGGUGACAUGGUCUAAGUUAAAUGGAAAUUCCACCCAAAAAGUGUUACGUGUAAUACUUUUUCUAAACCGUGUUGGAUGUUUGCCGUUGCACUCUUCUAAUACACAUGAAUUAUUUCAUAAAAAUGUGCUGGGAGCAGCAUUUUUCUUUAUGUAGUACACCUGAGGCUUGUUGUUUGUUUGUCUCAUGUGGUUAUGUCAGCAUAAACUGUCUCUUGCUUUUAGUCAGGUAUUGGAUUGCCUGAAAGUCAUGCAUGAGGAGUUUACUUUAUUAACCAAGUUGGACUGCACAUUCUUUCAGGUCGGUAGCUUGUUUUGAGCAGGUCCUUCACCUCUUGUCCCUGUUAAUAUUCUGUAUGGCAUGAACUUGUCAAAUAUCCUUGUUUUGUAAUUGGAGAGCAUUGCUGAAUGUCGGCACUUUAUAAAUGCUAAUAAUUAAAAAAAAAAAAAAAUAAAUACUUUUGCAUACUUGUAUUUGUGUUUUUUUUUUUUGUCGGUUUGUGUUGUACAAUAAAAUUAUUUGUUGUACUUGGCUUCUAGCCAGGCCUUAAAGUAUUUAUGCAAACAGAAGCCAUGGUAUACCUUCUGGGGGUGAAUUUCUACUACUGCUUCACAACUAGUGGUAGUGGAAAUGUUGAGCCCUGAUAACAUUUUAAGUAACAGGCAUUACUAUGAUUUGAUGUUAUGGUUUCUUCUGGAUUAACUUCCAUAAUCCAUCCCUGGUAGAGGAAACCACAUUACUGUUGUACUUUGGUGAAUCUGUACAAAAUGUGACCUGUGGGAGAUUCAAUAAGACUGAGAUCCAAUGGAGAUCCUUUUGUGUCUAUGCAGUGAGGAGUCUCUAGAUCAGUGCCUUAAAAAGGUGUCUUUUCCCAUCAGCCAUCAUGAGUGGUACAUACUUUAAGUUUUUCUGCUUGCUACAUUUUGCAAAAUAGCCACUAGCAGUCUAUCUUAUGGUUGACUGGGAGUUGUCAUUGAAAUUCCCACACAGUCUGCAUGACUUUCUUCUUAAAGGAACAGUUUAGGUAACAUAGCAACUUAAUUGAAAUGAAGUUAUGCCAGGCAAUUCCUGGUCCUCACUUUAUGGGGUUAAACCAUUCUCGAAAGGUUUAACCCCAAAGUCUGUGUUUCAGCGCCACAUUUCACUGCCUCUCUGCCCUUCCAUGUUCUAAAAAUCUCUAAACUGUAAGGCUCUGGCAGCGGUGCCACUGAUUGGCUGAGAGCGGUUAGCUGGUGCUCUCUGUCAAUCCAUGAAGCCCCCUUCAUAAAACUGGUUUGAAAACAUACGUUUCUUUUCAAGCAAGUUUUAUGAAUGGGAGUCACUAAUUGGUUUAGAGCGUCAUAAUGCUUUAAUCCAUUAAGGUGAGCUAGCCCCAGGGACCUCCUGACACCAUAACAAAUUCAUUUUAAAGAUGAGGUUAUGGGGCUCGGUAUCCCUUUAAGGAUUCUAUCUUUAUAAAAAAAAAACUCAAAUUUGACCAAGUUGUUAUCAAGUAUGGCUUUUAAAGGAAACCUAAUUAUUUUUUUUUCACAAAGGUAAUUGGAAGUGUUUGCUAAAUAAAUGAUUUGAAAUUACAAGCAGAGUUUUGUAGAUCUACAGCAUUCAUGAAUAUAACUGGUACAUUUUCAGUAGCUUAAUUUAAUAAUUUACUUAUGUUGUGUACAUUCCAAAUUGCAUGGUCCGGUUAUUCUGGUAGAUUAUUAAAAUAUAUUUUGAAACUUGCAACCCCACUUCUGGAAUAGCUUUAAGUAGCGAUCAAUUUCUGCUCACCCACUAGCUAUUGGUGAAUGGAAAUCUAACUUUUGCUAGUAUGGGAUUAAUUUACCUAUGGCUGUGACAAUCUUCAGUGCUGAUUAAAAAUACACAAAACAAAGUUAGUCCCUAAUUUGUCUAGUGAUAUCUUUUUGACUGUGUUGGAAUUUCAUUGAACUUUCACCUCUGUCAAUGUAAGUAUUUCAUCAUCUAUAGUUUAUUGUUACCUAUCUAGAUGUCUGUCUGCCCCCCUCAUUUUUCUCCGCCCUUGUGAAGGUUUGAAAUGUGUUAUUUAUCUUUCAGCUCUUACUGUACUGCUCCCCAUUCUGCCACUGUCUCAUUGGCUGAGAUCACUAAGAUUGAUCAUCUCUGCCAAUCUAACACUUAAAGAAGGGUUGGGUGGCUAGUGUGCGCAUGCACUGGAAAAUACACUGCUGCGUCAAUCAAAUACUGCUCUAGGAGAGGUAUACUGCGCACAGACCACUUCAAUGAGAAGUGGUGGUUGUGACCACCUUUAAUGUCUUUUUAAGCUGUAGUUGUCCCUUUAAGAUAUUAAACCCUUAUGUCCCACCCAGACAUCUCAGGCUAUAAACUGCAGCCAUUGCCACUCCUCCCCCCCUCCCCAAAUUGAAAUUCACAUUUUGUGUUUUCUGUGUUUUAAGUAUUUCUUUUCUGUGCUAUCUGUGUUUUUUGUUUUGUUUUCAAAUUAAUAAAAUUUUCUCUACACAAAACAAACCAGUAACAUUGCAUUGGCUGGUAAUGAUUCUACAUGCAUGCAAAUUUAAUAAACCACACCAUUUAUGGUUUACUAGUGAAAAUGACAGCCCAAUUAAACCCAAUUAAUACAGAGAAUAUCCUAAGUAUGUCUAUUAAUUUCAUUAUUGAUUACUGCUGGUUCCCGACAGCCAGUAGAAUGAUUGCUUUCUGUGUAUGAGGUUAUUGAAAUAUCAUAGUGUCUGCGCGCUGUAUAAUGUGCUGUGUAGUACAAAAUGUUCAGCACUUUGUGACCUGCUUCUGCUUUACAGAUUUUUGUAUAUUAUGGUUAAUACAAUAUAAACAUAGAAAAAAAAGAUGGAAAAACAAACUAACUUUUUUUUUUCUAUCUUCUUUGUUGCCGUUGUACAAAGUAAUUAACAAAUACAGGUGGCUAAAUGUAUAUUAAAAAAACAUACAAAUGUAUUAAAUCACCUCACGCUCCCCCAACAAUGCAAAAGAGACAUACAAAAAUGGUCUCAAACACACAUCUCAUGGCUAGGAAAAAUCAACGCAUACAAGAUGAUGUUGCCUAAGAUACUCUACAUAUUCAGAAUGCUCCCCAUCCAGGCCCCACAAACACUCCUCAACUGACUGCAAAACAUCUGCAGCUCAUUCAUAUGGGGAAACAAAAAAACACGCAUAUCCCGCACCUUACUCUAUAAACAUCCAAAAAACGGAGGAGUAGGGCUACCCGAAAUAGGCCAAUAUUACAAAGCCACAAUGUUGGCAUCAGGCAUAUUGAUACUCUCAGAAAAAGGUAAUAUUCAAUGGGUGGACAUGGAAAGAGCCCAAUGGACAAAAAUGCGACACUCGACUUCCUAUGGACACCGAGGAAACAUAGACCAAACAAGCCAAACCUAUUCCCGACCACGACACUGACAGUCCAUAUUUGGUCAAAAUUCCUAGAUACAAUGGGAGCCAAAGAAAAAUUCCACCCCAAUGCACCACUAACAGCACUAAGGGCCAUAUCACCUGACAUGCGUAUCCAGACAUGGUCACAUGCAGGUAUUACGCACAUUCACCAAUUAUUACAAUCACAAGACGUAAUGACCUUCAUAGACAUACAACAGAAGUGGGAAUUACCAGCAAACACUAUUUUCACAUACCUACAACUAAAAGGGAUCAUCACCACACACGUAAACAGAAAACAACAAAACCCUAGCCCAAGCCCCUCUUCAGCAAAAGCGAUAAUAGAAAGAUGCUGGAAGGGCCCUAUGAAAAAGAAAAAUAUUUCCCUAUGCUAUAAGGCCUGGGAUGAUACCCUAACCAACACUACACCGCACUGCAAAACAAAGUGGGAAACAGAAUGCGCUAUCCAACUCACAGAUAAUGAAUGGAUCCACGCACUGAAUGACAUAGCUAAAUGGACUAAGUGCUACACCCAUAUAGAAGCACAUAGAAAAUUGCUGUACAGAUGGCAUUUAACUCCACACACACCCCACAAAAUCUAUCCCAAUACAUCCACCCUCUACUGGAGGUGCUCAGCAGAGACAGGCACGCACACACACAUGGUGGUCAUGCCCCAACAUCCAACACCUUUGGGUAGAAGUACAAAACACAUUAAGUGCCCUCAAGGUUCCACACACCAGGAUCACCCUUGAAUUAUUCCUGCUUAUGCGAUUACCCCCAUCAUUUGAAUAUGCACACAAACAACUGAGUGCAAUCAUCAUUUUGGCAGCCCGUAACUUGAUAGCCUGCAAUUGGAAAUCCACAUUCUGCCCAAACAAAGCCAAACUAUGGGACAAAAUACAACAAUACUAUACAUACGAACGUAUGGCCGCCCCAGACGCAAAAACAGCACAAAUACUCCACACAACCUGGGUAAUUUUACACGGCAACAACCAGUAAAAGCUAUGUGACAGACAGACACCCACAACUAGUGACGGCAAAUGGAAUAGAUGCCUAUGACAAGCAAAUAAUAUAAUAUACCGAAAGCACAAUGAGGGUAUUAAACAAUACCGCAAAUGUGUAUACUCCCUCACGCAACCAAACUAUGUAUAGGAACUCUUGUAUGCAUUUACUUGUUACCGUACUAUAUGUUAUACUUAUUGUUACCUUUGUAACCAAAACCAUUGGUAUUCUUGUGAUGCCAUAUAUCACCCACUGUUCACUCCCUUGUAAACGAUGAAACAAAAUCCUAAUAAAAACCAUAUUGAAGAAAGUAAAAAAACAAACAAAACAAAACAAAAAAAACCAUACAAAUGUGAUGCGCAUAAACAUCUCUAGUGCCCCAGAGUGAAAAGAUCACUGAUGUGUAAAAAAAAAAAAUAAAAAAAAUCUACUUGCCAGACAAGUGUAUUUAUAUAAACACUUGUUUUUCUACAACGUUACCCUUAAUGGGAGUUUUAAGGAAAUUUUUUUAUUUUUAUUUCUGGUAUAUACACUACAGUACAUUGUUUGGUUGCUUUGUUUGUUGUGGUUUAUUUUAUUUACUUUAUUUUUUAUUUUUUUUGGUUACUGCUCAGAUACUAGAUCCGACAUGCAUCACUCAUUGUAAAUCCGUGAUAUCUAAGCUUGGCUCUCCAGAUGUUCUGAACUGCAUUUCCCAUGAGGCUCAGCUUGCCCCUCCUCAUUACCCAUUCUGGUGUACAUAUAUAGGUUCACAGUGAAAAGGCACAGGUGGGCCUAAACCGUUUUGCAGAGACAUGGAAUGAUUUAUGGGUCAUGUUAUUUAAUAAUUGAUCAUAUUUGUUCAUAGAAAAAAAUGAAAUGAAAAUCCAUGUUGGUGGCACUCACCACAAGUGUCUUUUAUUUUUUUUUUUUUCUUGUGAGAGGAAGCUUCAUUGGCGACUUUAACUGUGGAAUGUAAUGGCAGUACAUUGGUGAAUGCAUCUGAAAUGGUACAUGCCAUGAUAUUUAUGUACUAUAUGAUAUCCUGCUGAACUCACCAGGCAGGAAUUUCCCUGUUCUAUCCAUGUAGGAAAUCUCUUAACAAUCUCGGGACAUAUGAUGAAGGAAAUUUGAAGGGUAGGAGUGUUUUGAACCCAAAGAUAUUGAAGAAACUGGAUAGUCGGCCAAUUCUGCCAUUGCUCAGAAUUAGUAAAUGGAUGACUCAAAAUGAACCCCCGCCCACAUAAAUCUGAUUGAUGAAAUACUAAUAUACUACAAUAAUCCGUAUUAAGAGCUAUGCCUUGUUGGAAAGAGCUGUGGGUUUAUGCACUAUUUAACCGAUACAUUUUUUUUCAUAUUAAAGUAUUUUGUUUAUUAUAUUGACAAGAUGAUGCGUUAAGAAUUAGUUUUCACAUCCGUUUGCUUGGUAUAGAUUUAUAUGUAAGAAUGUAUCCAUUGAUCCAAAAUAUACUGUAAGAAUGCUUGGAAUCAUGGGCGUCUUCUUCCAUGGGCGUCUUACUCCAAACUAACUUUGAUCAGGGUUAAUGGAUUUUAUGAAAUGAUGGCAAAUGUAUGUUGAUAUUUUUCCAUUCAGAUUAGAGGCAGUGCAUUAUGACACGGAUUUCUAAUCUGGAGUAAAAAUAAGGCAGGCAAACGUUCACACUUUUUAGAACCUCCCACAAAUCUCUAGCCCAGAAAAUGGUGUUGCGCUCCCCCAAAUCUCCUCUGUCACUAUAAAGUGCAUUUAACACCCAAGCUCCCCAGUUCUUUGCCUGCCUCUGGCAGAUGAGGUAUUCAGGCAUACCCCUGUCUAAGCAGCAGCAAAGGUGAGGGAGCUACGGCUCGGGAGGCUCUGCUUCAGGUCUGUUGUAAGAGUGCAGUGUUUUUUUUGUUUUUUUUUUUUGUUUUUGUUUUUUUGUGUGUGUUUUGUUUAAGAUAUGUUUAAUUUUUGUUUUCCUGGUCAACGUGGACAAAAUAACUUUUCUUUUUGGGUCAAUGUGUUUUUUUUUAAUUCUACAUUUUAUAUGAUUACCGUCCAACCCUUACUAAAAGAGAAGCUAAGUGGAUGUUUUCGGGUUUGCUCACUUCACUAGUACACUGAUGGUUAUUGAUCUACUCAUGCAGGAGUCAUGUUUUGCUCGGGGCAGAGUUAUGAAACUGCCGCUGCCAGCAGUGUUGAUAGGUGUUUGGUGAUCUGCUCCUAUUGUUGUAGUAAAAAAUGUUUCCCAUAUACUUUUAAAAGAGCACUAUAGUGUUAGGAAUACAUCUUUGUAUCCUUAACACUAUAGGAACCCUUUGGCCUCCCCAGGCAAUAUAAAGACUCCAAUAACUCUCUAUGCUGGGUCGAGUUACUCUUAUGCCAACGGAGCAAUACGCCAUUUUGCAUGACCGAAUUCUGCUCUUUGUCUACAAUUUUGUGCACCAACCUGAAAUUUUGUUAGUUUUUGGGGGUUAUCUGGUGGAAGUUAUAUUAAAAUAAAAGUCAUAACUGUUUGUUUAUACACUUGGUUUAUGCUAGAAUAAAUAUAUAUUUUUUUAUUUUUUUUGCGAUUAAUGUAGAAGUAUUUUAUUUAAUAACAUAAGCUCUACUGUAUUGUGGCCAAUAAAACCAACAAUCCUACAUUAAUUCCAUUUUCAAUAAAAAUUAAUCUUUCAAGAAAAAUGUCGAAUAUUUUUCAUUGGCUGUACCUCCUAAAAAAAAAAAAGUGGUUUUCUCUAGUUCCUGAUCUGCCUUAGUAAUACAAUCGAUCUCAGAGAAUUUUUUUAUUAUCUGUAAAUAUGAUUUUGUUUAGAAAGAGAGGUAGUGUUCAAGUAUACAAAUUGUAUCUAUUAAAUGGCACAUAUUCUUUGUGGUUGUUCCAUGUAUACAUUAUGUGUGUAUUCUAAAUUUUCCAGGUAGGCCUGCACUUGUUUUGUUGGCACUGGAGUUGAUAUUUUUUUUUGAGGAAAAUCAGUCUGUAUAUAUAAUGGAUAUUUCUAGAUUCUGUGAGAAAUGAAUGAAUAUAUGGCCGUGUUCUAGGAAUACUAUAUUUCCCAUCACAUUGGAUAUCUACAUCCUGAUUUCUUGCGUGCACUCUAAAUUUUCUUCUUUAAUGUAAAUUGAAAUUGAAUAGGAAAGAAAUAUCAGAUGAUGUAUGAUUUUAUCCACAUGAGUUUUUUUUUUUUUGUUUUUUUUUGUGUGUGUGUGUUUCUCUAGAAUUCAGAUGUGGGCAUAUAGCAUUUGUGGAUUUACAUAUGAAUGUGUGCAGUGUGGCUAUUAGGCUGUGUUAUGUGUGUCUCCAGGCAACAAGUGGAUCAGAUGCUCUGAUUCUUCUAGGAAACUGCAUAGCUUCUAAAAGACACACUAAACUGCUCCAGGUCUCAAACACGUCACUCUUCCCAGUCCCUGCACAUGAUAUUCAGCUUGUCUUCCUACCGCCUCCAUAAUAUCCAACCAAAUAUUAACAUUUGUUUUUUACCUGUUCUCUCCUGUUCAAUGUUCAACAAUACAGUGUUCUCAUUUUUAUUUUAAUAAUCUGUGGCCCCAGCAUUUUGCGUCUUCUUUCUUUUUGGUAUUGUAUCGUGAGAAUACCAUUUUCCUGCCUUAGCGUUUGUUCCAGAUCACAGCUAACCUCUAUAAUAUUUCUAUAUACAAGCUUAAAAUGACUUUAACAUUUUUAUUUAUCAAUAAUUCUCCUGUUAUCGUGUAUAUUUAUUUAGUCAAAAAAACAUUUAAUUAUGUUUUUGCAUACCACCCUUUUGGAACUUUCUAACCAUUAGUUCUCUGAUAAAAUUAAAAACAUUUCUUCAACGAACAAGUAUCACAUUUGUUUAUUUUUCUUAUUUUUGGUUAAAUAUGCUGGCCCACUUGGCUAAAACAUGCAAAGAUUAUUGAGUGGAUCUGCUAAUUUAUUCUUUCUUCAAUGGCUUUAAAGACAUAAAAACACAGCAUUUAAGAAACUAUUUUUGUUGCUAUGGCAACUGGGGCUGUACGUUUCAAAUAUUUUAAUAUUUGAAUAAUCCCUUGUCUGCAAUUGAUUCCAUAGAAUGUUGUAUAAAGACUCAUUAUCAUUGCAUCAAAAUGCUCAAUUACUUAAGCUACUAAAAUAGUAUUUAAAUUAUUUAAAUUGUAGCAUCGCUAGCAAAAGAUUUAGCCUGUCACUAGCCUCUAGUGUCACAUGGUCGCAGACUGUUAAUGUGGCCUAGCAAAAAUAACAAUGCUUCAACAUUUGCCAUCAAGUGGCAUUGUCACUCUACUCUUUUUCUUUUUUUUUUUCUAAUUUCAUUCCACUAUUGUCUUUCUAUCCUCCCCACACUUUUUUAAUUAUUUAUAAAUCCUCCUUAUUUUUUAUACAUUAGAUAAAGAGAGGACUUAUUCUGUUCAGUGGUGCUUAGAGGGUCACUGUAGCCAUUAGAACCAUGAUUUAGCAAACUAUUUUCAAGCAGUUUAACACCUAAUGGCUGUCCUUGGCUCUUAUAGCCCUGACAACACUGGAGGUAAAGCUGAGGCAUAGAUUACACACUUCCUUGUAGCCAUACUGAUUCGUAUAUGAAUGAGCACUAUGAUAGGCUGAAAGUAGACAGCUGACACUCUGCAAAUCAUAAUGCUUCUUUAGCCAGAGCAGCACAGGGUGGUAUGGGCGCCUGGGGAUUUGUAUUAGGGUUAAAAUAUUUUUAAUAUUUUUUAACAAUGAAUGAAAAGAUGGUGCCAGGGGUUCCAGAUACUGUAGACACUUUGGUGAGAUGAAGCAGUUACAGUGCCUUCAGUGUUUCUUUAAAGGGACACUAUAGUCACGCUUCAGGCAUUUUCAUGUAAACAGUGCCUUGUCAGAGAAAAGGCAGUGUUUACAUUGCCCCUAGGGACUUCUCCAGAUGGCCACUGGAUGGGGCUUCCUGGCUCAGGGCUGCACAGUAAGCAGCUCUGCCUUUCAGCGUCCCCACACUUUGCAAGGAGACGCUGAAUUUUCCUCACAGAUGUAUUGAUUCAAUGCAACUCUAUGAGAAGAUCCUGAUUGGCCAAAAUGGCAGUUGGCCCGACCCUGUGCUGAUUUUUAGCCCAGCACUGCACUGGAAAUAUGGUGAGUUUUAAACUUUUAUAGGGGGGGGCUAUGGGUGGGUAAGCCACCUAAAUGGUGGGUUUAGCACUAUAGGGUCAGGAAUACAUGUUUGUGUUCCUGACCCUGUAGCGAUCCUUUAAGCAUUCCCUUGUGAAUGUAAUUUACCCACAAUCUUUCAGCUGAAAGAAUCCCACAGAAGAGCAAAAUACAGACACCAGACUUUCUCCGGCUUGUGAGCUUGGUUUGUGGGGUGAAGACUAAUCUUUUUCGUCAAGUUUGGGACUUUUAAGGGGUAGAAUAAAGAUGGAAGAAAAACAAUGACAAUAUCUAAUUGUACGUAUUUUAAUUUUAUUUUACAGGUCUUUAGUUUGCCUUCGAGAUGUACUUCUGUGGCGCUCAACUAAAAUGUGUGGUAUAAGCCAAAAGUGUAAAAAAAAAAAAAAAAAAAGUUUAAAUUAGAACUAUCAUUGAUUUUAUAUACAAGCUGUUAAAAGAUCACUAUAGGGUCAGGAACACAAACAUGUAUUCCUGACCCAAUAGUGUUAAAACCACCAUCUAGCCCCCCUGGGCCUCUCAUGCAUCCAUAAAUAUAGCAAACUCUUACUGUAUUCAAGCCAGAAGCUGUAGAUCUGCAUGCUGUUUGACUCAAAAAAAACAAGCAGGCUGCUGACAUCAUCAGAAGUGGUAGCCUGAUCCAAUCACAGUGCUUCCCCAUAGAAUUGGCUGAGACUGACAAGGAGGCAGAUCAGGGGCAGAGCCAGCAUGAUUCAAACACAGCCCUGGCUAAUCAGCAUCUCCUUAUAGAGAUUAAUUGAAUCAAUGAGGAAAGUUCAGUGUCUGCAUGCAGAGGGAGGAGAUACUGAAUGUUUGGAUGCAUUUUAGGCAGCCAUGACCCAGGAAGAAUCUCUAACAGCGAUCUAAGGAGUGGCCAAUGAAGUUAUCACUAGGCUGUAACGUAAACACUGCAUUUUCUCUGAAAAGACAGUAUUUACAGCAAAAAGCCUGAAGGUAAUUAUUCUACACACCAGAACAAAUUUAAUAAGCUGUAGUUGUUCUGGUGACUAUAGUGUCCCUUUAACAUCUAUUGCCUCUUUUUUACUUAAUUAUUUUUAGUUUAAAGCUGUUGUCUGUUUUGUUUUUUAUUAUUAUUUUUAUUUAUUUACAUUGAAAGCUUGCAUUUCCUUGCACAGACAGAGCAUCAUGUAAAUGAAUUGGUAUACCAAUAUCUGCAGAUGACUGAUACUUGCUUCAUCUGUGCGAUUAUUGGUGCGAGGGAACAGCAAAUUGUCACUUCUCAAGAAGUAACUGUUCCCUUUUAAUUAGAAAAAAAGAAUAUCUGCUGUGUAAAACUCAUGAUCUUCAGAGAACAGUGAUUGCUGCUUUGCCCCCCCCCCCCACAUAUUAAAAGAAACUCAAAAAACCCACAGAUACAUUUUUAUUUAAAUCCUAUUUACAUUGAUUGUGACUUAAUAGGAAGUGUCAUGGCUGCUCAUUUGCUUCUAUCCCUAUGUUAAAAUACUUUUAUUCGUGUGAAACGAUGGCUAUAAGUCGUGCUGCCAAUCAAUGAGACUGUACCGUGAAGAAGCUAGUUACUCUAAUACAAUGCACAUUUUGCUAACUGGUGGGAGAGCUUCUUGAUAUUGGCAAUUACAUUUUAAAUUAAUCUCUACUUACAUAAGGCAUUCAGUGUAUCCACAAAAGCAAAAAAAAAAAAAAACACUCUUAAAGGACCACUAUAGUGCCAGGAAAACAAACUCGCUUUCCUGGCUCUUUAGCAGGGGUCCUCAAACUCCAGCCCCCCAGAUGUUGCUGAAAUACAACUCCCAUGAUUCUUUGAAUUACACAGAUAGCCAGAGAAUCGUGGCAGUUGUAGUUCAGCAACAUCUGGGGGGCCGGAGUUUGAGGACCCCUACUCUAUAGGGUCUUUGGGUCCCCCACUGCUGCUGGGCUGAAGGGGGAGGAAGGGGAAUCUCCUCCCUCUCCUGACGUCAUCCGCCGCAUGUGCGGCAAGAGCCGCACGCGCAUUCAAUCAGUCCAUAGGAAAGCAUUUCUCAAUGCUUUCCUAUGGACGUUGGCGUCUUCUCACUGUGAAUUCACAGUGAGAAGCGUGGAAGCGCCUCUAGCGGCUGUCAGUGAGACCGCUACUAGAGUAGUGAAUGGCGAACCUUUUUGAGCCCGAGUGCCCAAACAAUAAUACAUGUCAACUUUUUUUUUCCUCAAAGUGGCAACACGGCAAUUAAACCUGAAUGCUGAGAUUUAAGUUCAGAAACAAAUUUUAAAUAAUGAUAUAAAUAGAUAAAAUUAAGCAUGUAUUUAUUAGUAUCUCCAACAAAUGCAAUGCAUACACACAGCUGAACACAUUCACACACAGACUGCUUAAUACAUACACACAGACCCACAGACUGCUUAAUACACACACAGUCCGUUAAAUACAAACACACACACAAAUACACACACAGUCCGUUAAAUACAAACACACACACAAAUACACACGCAGUCCGCUGAAUACACACGCAGUCCGCUUAAUACACACAUAUACUGCGUUGAGGGGUGCAGUGUAUGUGUUUGUGUGUGAGAGGGGGUAGUGAUGCUGUGUGGGUUGGGGAGGUAGGGGUGGUCUGUUGGGGGGGUAGGGUGUUCAGUUGGGGAAUACGGGUGCUCUGUUGUGGGGGGGGGUUUAAGAUACAUUAAAAACGUUAAAAAAAAUAAAAUAAAAAAAGCAUACUGAAUCAGUAUUUCCCCUCCACCCCCCCACCUUCAUCUUACCUUUUGGUGAAGGGGAGGGGGGGUGGGGGGGAACACAGCUAUCCCUGGGGUUCCGGUGGUGGUAAGUAUGUAGGACAAGAGAGCUGUUUCCUAGAUGCCUCCCCCCUGCUUCCGGUCCUGCCGACAAGGAAGCAGAGUAGGCGCCUGCCGUUUCGGGCAGGCAGGUGCCUACUCUGCAGUGAUGCCGAACCUACAGCCACGUGCCCACAGGGGGGGCCCGGCGUGCCACCGGUUCACCAUCACUGUACUAGAGGCUUGAUUAACCCGAAUGUAAACAUAGCAGUUUCUCUGAAACCUCUAUGUUUACAGCUGCAGGGUUAACCCUAGAUGGACCUGGCACCCAGACCACUUCAUUGAGCUGAAGUGGUCUGGGUGCCUAUAGUGGUCCUUUAAUUAAAGGGACACCAUAGUCACCAGAAUAACUACAGGUUAUUGUAUUUGUUCUGGUGAGUAUAAUCCUUCCCUUUAAGCUUUUUGCAGUAAACAGUGUCUUUUUAGAGAAAAUACAGUGUUUACAUUACAGCCUAGGGAUAACUCUACUGGAGGUGCUUCCUGGGGUAGUAUUGCACACUGCGACUGCUAUUCAGUGUCUCCACCCUCUGCAUGGAGACACUGAACUUUCCUUAUAGAUGUGCAUUGAUUCAAUGCAUCUCUAUGAGGAGAUUCUGUUUGGCUUGUGCUAUCUCUGCACCUGAUGUGCCUCCUUGACAAGCUCAGCCAAUCUUAUGGGAGAGCAUUGUGAUUUGUUCAGAGAAUCACUUCUGAUUAUGUCAGCCAAGCAAGCAGAUCAGGGGCAAAGCCAUCAGCUGCAGACUUGAAUGGAAGAAAGAUUUUACCAUAUUUAGAGGGUCAGGGGUUUAGAUGGUGGUUUUAACACUAUAGGGUCAUGAAUACAUGUGAAUGUGAUGUCAGCCAAGGAGUCAGGCCAGGGGCAGAGCCAGCACCAGCAGACUGGAAAUGGUAAGAUUUUACUGUAUAUAGAGGUCUACAUGUUUGUGUUCAUGACCCUAUAGUGUUAUAGUAGUUUAAUUCUGUACUUGGAUGCGCAUUUGAUGUGAAUAUUUUAAAGGGUUACUCCAAACAAAAAAAUGUUUUUAAAACACUGGUUUUGGUUACAGUAUGCCUUGCUGUGCUGGUGCCCCAGUCAUAUUAAAAAAAUAAAGCUAAAUAACCUCAAUCCAGUGCCAAGACAAAUUUUCUCCCUGCUGCCAGAUUUCCAAUGGCUUCCUAAGGUGGUGGGGGGCAGUGAUGGCAGAGUGAGUGGAGGACAUCGUCGGCACGGUCGGGGGCUUACUGCCAUUGGUUCUCUGGUUGCACAGAAUUCACAUUGGUUUUACGCAACUCUUGGUCGGGGCUGUCUAAUAACACCCCUAUGAUGUGGCCAGAGGUGGAGAUAUCCAGUGUUUCAUAUGUACAUACCCAAAUUUACACUCUGGAGACUUAACUGAAUACAAAUGAGUGUUUCAAAACCGUAAAAUGUAUCACUGUUGCUGUUGUAUUUGUGAGACAUUACUGAACACAAAUAUGAGUGUUUUAGAGCACUAAACUAUAUAAUGCUGAUUAUAUGAUCUGUGAAAGGGAAUAUUUUUAUUUUUUUUUGUGUGUGAAAAAUGCAAAAAAACUAAUUUGAAUGCCAACUUCCACGUAGGUGUCUAAAUGACAACUAAAAAACACUGGAUAUACUAGAUUUCGAAUAUCCUUGGUUGUCUAUUUUUCAAAUGGUAUGUCGUGAUGGGUGUAAUUUUCAUUCCUGGGCUGCCAUACAGUUUCAAAUGCAAAAUAUGCUGAGCAUACCAAUCGGGCAAAUUUCAAUGUGUAAAAAGUGAAAACUUUCCCAAACACCAUAAAACAUGUGCAUGGGGAGGUACUAUUGUACUUGUGAGACAUCGCUGAACACGUGCAUUUUAUUGCAGUAAAAGCGAACAGUAGUAUAAUUUAAAAAAAUAAAUAUUAUGUAUAUAUCUCUCUCUCAAACCAAACAUUGAAGGACCAUCCCUCAGAUCUACAUAUCUAUCAGUGUGGAUUGUACCGUCCAUGCUGUUAAACUCAGAGCUGGUCUUAUCUCUCUCUCUCUCAAAUGUGAGUGAUAUACUAUAUACAAUAUUGUUGUGUCCUGCACCUAGUUCCAUACGCUCUGCACCAUCACUGGUUAUUUUCUGCUUUUAUUUCAUAUACUCCCACUAUUUGAAGUCUGGAGAAGUUACCAGUUGAGAACAGACUUCAGCAAUUGUGGACUAAUUGGACUUUAUAUUGGCACAACCUAUUUUUUUUUUUUUGUGUAUAUUGUUAAACCCGUUUUCCUGGCACUGCAGGUCCCCUCUCCCUCCCACCUCCCCAUCCCAGGUUGCUGAAGCGGUUUAAACCCCUUCAGUGACUUACCGGAGUCCAUCACCGAUGUCCCUCGGCGCUUGCCCAGGUUCCGCCGACGUCAUCCGGCAGGGGAGACAGAUUGCGCAUGCGCGGCAAUGCCGCGCAUGCGCAUUAGACCUCCCCAUUGGAAAGCAUUGAAAAAUGCUUUCAAUGUUUCCCUUUGGGGAUUUUAGCGACGCUGGAGGUCCUCACAUGAGGACAUCCAGCGACGCUAUAGCACAGAAAAUCUGUACUAGAAACCCGGAUGUGCUCUCUAGUGGCUGUCUAGUAGACAGCCACUAGAGGAGGAGUUAACCCUGCAAGGUAAAUAUUGCAGUUUAUGAAAACUGCUGUAUUUACAGUUGCAGGGUUAAGGGUAGUGGGAGUUGGCACCCAGACCACUCCAAUGGGCAGAAGUGGUCUGGGUAACUGGAGUGUCCCUUUAAAACUAUUAUAACAUUUACCAUUAAAAUGCCAUGCAUUAUUUGAAAAAUAAAAUUUCUUAAUUUCCCAAUGUUUUAAAAUUGUAUUCAUAUUACAUUUGUUUCAUAUAUGAAUAUUUCAUGUGACUUGAAAGCUUUGUUUCCCUGAACAAAAUUAUAUCUAAGAAGUGUGGGUGCACUUAAUAUGAAAGAGGUAAGUUAUGGUUGAAUAGUGCAAAUUCCAGGUUUUAUAUUGUUUAGAACUUAUACAAUUGCCUCUGUCCUUAGGGGCUUAAAAAUGAGGGGUGGGGGGGAAUGCAUGCAGUAUUUUACAUCGCAGAGUUAAAAGGACAGGACCAUGUGUUUUAGGUGACAUGGUCUGGGUGACUUUAGUGUCCCGUUAACAGAAAUAACACAAAAAUAUCCAUGUGGUUCAUGCCCCUUCCUUAGAUCUGUUUUCCCAACCCAGUUCUCAAGGCAUUCCACCAUUCCAGUAUUCGGGUACUUUCCAGUUCUGUACCGAUGUGGAUACUGACACUUAGACCUUUGGCAUGCCUUCAGGGCUGAUUUAGAAACAAUGCCUUAGUACUGUGUGUGGUACUUUCAUUGGCUUUUUACAAAGCUUUGUACCACGAAUGCUGAUAAGGUUUACUGAGUCUUGAAUUGUUGGGAAUGAACGAGGGAAUUACAAAUUUUAGUUAGAAGCACUUGAAUUAGAAAACCUGAUAACGUGUUUACUGGGAACAAUUCCCUGGAUGCAGGGCACUAUACAAACCUUGCACUGUCCUGUCUGAAUUAGGGACCAUUGGGAGGUAUGGUUCCAUGAUCUCAGGGUCUGUUAGGACAGGUUUACAGAACAUUGGGGUUUCUCAUGUAUACUGCUUGGGUAAGAUGUUGGGGUUGUUGUGUGCAGAUUGUGCUGUAUGUUUACCUUCCCAGGACAUGUUUCCAGACAGGUUGCAUGUCUCAGAUGUAUUUUCUAUUCAUUUUCCAAAAAUAAACAGAUCAGUGUGUAAUCUUUAUUUGUUUUUCCAUUCUGGACACUACAAAGUGUUCUGGUGUCAAUAGCUAGGGUACAGCACAUUGGGGUCAAUGGAGAGUAACCUUCAAGGAUGGUCAAUGAAUGAGCUGGGUGUUAGGUUAACAAAUCACAAAAUGAGCACUAAUAAGCUUGUGAUUGCAAGCAAAUAAUACUGAGCUUGCGGACAGUGCAAGUUUCACUCUAGGUUUUUGAAAAAAGACUUGUCAAUUAAUUUUCUAUUCUAACAAACAGCAAAGUUAAAUGAGCAGCAGCCUCUUGGUGAAAGUGUGUGUUUGAUUUUUUUUUUAGCCCCAAGUUAAAUAUUUUUUGGCAGAACACUUGGUAAUCUGUUACCACUGUGUAUUAUAUAGCAUUUCCUGUGAGAACAGAAGUGCUCAAAAUGUGACGUGGGGUUUACUAUAUGUUCGCUUUCAAUGGUCUUCCCUUUAUAUUUUUAUAUAGCAACUGGUGGGGUGCAGACCGAUUUUCCUGUAGUGUUCCUUUAACCUAACUUUCAAGUUGAGAAACCCUGCGAUACAUGGUUUCCCACUACUGUAUUUCCAUAACAACUAUAUACCGGUAUACUGCUGAUGUUUACCACACAAAAUGUUGCAUAGACUGUUUAGGUUUUUUACGAUGUGUUCAGUCCAUGUGUCCUGGCUUUCAAGUACUUUUCCUCCCUUUUGUCUGUGUGUGUCUGUUUUAUUUUGUUGUAGGAAUGCCUCUUAGAAGGACUGAUGCACUAUCACUGAACUGUUGACGAGGCGAGCAGGAGAUCUGCUUAGUCAGAUAAUGAUACGUGUCUCCUAAACUGUGUUCAUUGUGAAACUGCAAAAAAAAAAAAAGCCCCAGUAUAGAAUUAUUCUACAUAAUAUGCAUGCAGAAUAGCAAGUACAUUUAUAUUUAAAGCAGCACUAUACUGUCAGGAGUACAAACAUAUAUUACUAACACUGUGUUUAACUAAUUAACCCCUUCAGGACGGGUGACGGACGAGGUCCGUCACAGAGGGGAGACCCUUAACGACGUGUGACGGACCUCGUCCGUCACGCGGUAAAAUUAACCCCGGAUCGCCGCGAUCGCGGGGUUAAUGGUGCUCCCGGUAUGCCUCUGCAUUAGAGGCAUACCGGGAGCACCCGGUCAGUCUGCCCAGCACAUGUGCUCGCUCUGACCGCAAGUCAGAGCGAGCACAUGUGCUCAGUAUACUCACCUACCGGCUCCCUGCACUUCCGGGUUCUGUGUGAAGUGCAGGGAGCCGGAUCAGUGCUGAUCCUGCCCCCUGCUGUAAAAAUAAAUAAAGUUUAUUUAAAGUCCCCCCCCCCUUACCCAUUUUAAUAAAAAAUUAACCCCUUCCCUGCCAAUUGAUCACUGACUACAGUGAUCAAUUGGCAGGGAUUACAUUUUACUAUGAUCUGAUUAUUUUUUUUAACCCCUGAGGGUUAAUUCUUUUUUUUUUUAACCCUCAGGGGUUAAAUUAAUUAAAUUAAUUAAUUAAAUUAUUUUUAAUUAUAUAUUUAGCUAGCUGGGGUAGGUGGAAGUUAGUGGGGAAUUGGGGGAUUUGGCGUUAGGCUAACUAGGGGUUAACGUUAAAAAAAGUUUUAAAAGAAACUUUAAAAAGUUAAAAAUUAAGCUUAAAAAAAUGUUUUAAUAACAUUUAAGUAAAAAAAACAAAAAAAACACACUUUACCUAGUCCAAAUAAAAUUAACCCCUUCCCUGCCAGUCGAUCACUGCCUACAGCGAUCAAAUAGAGAUCACAGUAUUAUACUGUGAUCUAAUUUUUUUUAACCCCUGAGGAUUAGCUUUUAUUUAUUUUUUUAACCCUCAGGGGUUCAAUUUAUUUAAUUAAUUUAAAUAUUUUAUAACUAUAUAUUUUGCUAGCUGGGGUGGGUGGGAGUUAUGGGAAAAUGGGGAAUUUACUGUUACUGCUGCGUACUGCUAGUUAGGGGUUAACGGUAAAAAAAAAGCUUAGAAAAAUGUUAAAUCUGUAAAAAAGUUUUAAGAAAGUUUAGGAAAGUUUAAAAAAAAAUUUAUAAGCAAAACAAAAGUUUAAAAACUAGUUUUUAAAAGUAAAAAAAUACAUUUUAAACGCUCAUUACCACUACACCUGGAGCAAACUAGAGAAAAAAUUAUCCCACGCCAAGGUUCAAAAUAUGCCUUUUGAAUUACCCUAGGGUGUAUUCUUUAAUAAAUAGUAUGUGUUUGUGGGGAAGUUUCAAUAACCAACCGUCUAAACUACUCCAAAUUGGAACAUGGACACAGCGUAAAACUUCAAAGUUAGAAAAAACUGAAUGGCUGCGUCUCAAAUGCGCCCCUUCAACAUCCACAUAUACCUGGCAAAGGUACAUACGGGGGUAUUGCUGUACUCAGCCGACAUAGCUGAGCAACAUAUGAAGUAUUAUACAGUCAUAGCACACAUAAGGUUUGCAAAAUAUGCUGCGCAAACUCACUUUGUAUGUCAAAAGGCAGAAAAAAUGCUUAUUACCACUACACUUGGUACAAGCUAGCGGAAAAAUGAUCCCAAGCUAAGGUUCAAAAUAUGCCUUUUGAAAUACCCUGGGAUGUCUUCUUUAAGAAAUGGUAUGGCUUUAUGGGGAAUUUGGAUUAUAUAGCCUGGUAAAAUACUCUAAAAUGGGACAUAGGCAUAGCAUAAAAUUUCAAAGUUUGAAAAAAACUGGAAUGGCUGUGUCCCAAAUGUGCCCCUCCGAUGUCCACACAUACCUGGCAAAGGUACAUACGGGGGUAUUGCUGUACUCAGCCGACAUAGCUGAGCAACAUAUGAAGUAUUAUACAGUCGUAGCACACAUAAGGUUUUGCAAAAUAUACUGUGCAAACUCACUUGUAUGUCAAAAAGGCAGAAAAAACGCUUAUUACCACUACAUCUGGUACAAGCUAGCGGAAAAAUGAUCCCACGCUAAGGUUCAAAAUAUACCUUUUGAAACACCCUGGGGUGUCUACUUUAAGAAAUGGUAGGCCUUUGUGGGGUAGUUUGAAUUUAAAACCCGCGAAGAUGCUUGGAAAUUGCACAUAGGCCCAGCAUCAAAAGUUUGGUAAAAACGGAUAUGGCUUGGUCUCCUAUAUGGCACUGUAGCUUCACGAAAUAGUGCCAAAGACAUUCAUAUGGGGUGUCAUUUUACUCAGAAGACUUAGCUGAGCAUAAUUUGGGGGUUUGAACUUAGUGGCACAUAUGAAAUGUACAAAAUGCCCAGCAAAAAUGUAAUCCGUAUGUAAAAAAUGCCCCAAAUUAUUUUUUACCACAUACUUUGGCAUAUAUUGGUGAAAAAAUGGGGGCAUGUUAAGGCACAAUAUGCACCUUAUAAGAUACCCUGGAGUGUCUACUUUUACAAAUGGUAGGCCUUUGUGGGAGUUUUUUGAACAGUCAAACUGUUAUAAUACCCCAAAAUGGAAGCUAAGGCUCAUUAAAUCCAUCUCUCAAAAUUCUACUGUGAAUACUGAAAAGGACAGGUAUCCUGUAUGGCACUGUAACUUCAAGAAAUAGUGCAAAAGACAUACAAUGGGGGUGUCAUUUUACUCAGCAGAUGUAACUGAACACAAAAUAAAACUUUGUACAGGAAUAGCACACACCAACUUUACAAAAUAUACACGAGAAUUUCUCUGUUAUAAGUUUGUGUGCUAAAAACCAAAAAGAACACAAUUUUACUCCAAUAUUUAGCAGUGGUUGGCGGUGAAAUGGCUACAUAGAAAGUGUCAAAACAACCUUAGGUAAAUAGCCCGUGAUGUCUACUUUAUAUAAAUAUAUACUUUUGUGUGGCAAUUUUGUUUUCUUUUAUGGCUAUUAAGCUUACAAGACAAACAUACCAAAUUCUAAAAUCGCUCCACAUUAAAAGUCUAUUUUACUCCUUGUGCCUUGUGACCUGUAACUACCAAAAAAAACUUAAAAUCCCAGACACAUUAUAUAUUCUGUAAAUCAGAACAAAUAAAUAAAUUUAUUUUUAAUUACUUUCCUUAACCUGCACUAAUUAUGCACACAUUAUUAUUGCAAAAACUGUAAAAAAAAACAAUAUUUUUAAUUUUUUUUGCAUUUUUCUGUAUUUUUUUUAUAAUAAGUAAGCAUUUAUAUAUAUAUAUAUAUAUAUAUAUAUAUAUAUAUAUAUAUAUAUAUAUAUAUAUAUAUAUAUAUAUAUAUAUAUAUAUAUAUAUAUAUAUGUGUGUGUAUAUAUAUAUAUAUAUAUAUAUAUAUAUAUGUGUGUGUAUAUAUAUGUAUAUAUGUAUGUAUGUGUGUAUAUAUAUAUAUAUAUAUGUUAUAUCAAAUUAAAGCCCUUUCUGUCCUUUAAAAAACAGUAUAUAAUAUGUGUCGGUGCAAUAAAUGAGAGAGUUGCAAAUUGCAGUUGAACGCAAACAGCAAGAAAAUGCAAAAAUUGCUUGUGUCAUUAAGCGUAAGUCAAGCUUCUGAAGCUGUGUCCUUAAGGGGUUAACACCCCAUCCCACUUCAGAUUGUUUUGAAAAUGUUUAAAAAGUACUUUUUUUUUUCUUUUCUUUUUUUUUCCAUUGUGCGCUGGUCUCGCCGAGUUGGUCCAUCCUCCGUGCUUGAGAUCAUUAUCAGUCUAGAUGGUCUCAGUAAAUCCAUAAUUUAUCAGUAAUAAGCAUUGGGAGACUAUUGCGCAUGCAUGGCGAAACGUUGCACUGCGCCAAUCAACAUCUCCUCAUAGAGAUGUAUUUAAUCAAUCUCUAUGGAAACAAUCAGCCUCUCCAUGCAGAACAUGGAGACGCUGAUCAGCAGUGCUGCACUACACAAGAAGCACCGUCGUCUGAGUGACUGCCACUAGAGGUGUUUAUAGGCAACACAGUAAACACUGCCUUUUCUCUGAAAAGGCAGGGUUUACAUUAAUAAGCCUGCAGGGAGAGGCUAUAGACACCAGAUCCAGGUUCUGGUGGCUAUAGUGCCCCUUUUAAGAAAAAGAUUGCUAUACCAUGUGGGACAGGAUAUCUGGGGAGAACUCUUAUAAAGAUGAGCUGCCACUACUAGAAUUUACCCGAAACCAAUAAUCAUGUCAAAGUUUGUGAACCAAAUGCUUGAGUCUGAGGGGGUGAAGAAAUGAGAAAUUAUGACUUUAACCCCUUAAGGACACAUGACAUGUGUGACAUGUCAUGAUUCCCUUUUAUUCCAGAAGUUUGGUCCUUAAGGGGUUAAGGAAAGUGACAGUCCUAUUUUCCUCUUAUAUUAUGUGUUAGUAAAACGACAUCAGCUGUGUUGUUUAAUAUAAAGUUAUAGUUCACCUUGGUCACGUUUAUGUCUCUCCCUCCUGCUUUUGUAUCUGCACUGAAACUGUACAGCUUUUGUUUUCUGUAAUUUGAUCGAUUGUGUUGACUGGGACCCUUUUUUCUCAGUGAUUUGUCCCUCCACAUUAAAGAAAGAACUCUGAAUUUACACUCUAAAUCCUUUUAAGGCAUUAUCUUUACCCAGGCCUUUAUGACGCAAAUGGAAACUAAUCUCCUAAAAAUAAGACUGAGCUUCAGUUACCUUUUAUAAAAUGUUGUUUUUCUGAAACAAUCUACUUUUGGGAUGUAUACAUUUUCAUUCUAAUGUUUACAUGCAUUCUGUAGCAAAAAUAUAUAUGUUUGCACAAUCAUAAGCUAAUAGAUCUUAACUACGAUCAGAAAAUCAUUCAAAUUUGUUGGAGACCACAUACUUCAUUGAAGGGUUUAUAAUUUUUUUUUUAUUUUUUUUAUUGAAGUUUGAGGUUUCAAUAAAGUUGAGCAUAAAUCUUUUGAGCUUUAAGUCGCUGUGAACCCCAAUUCCUUUUGAAGGAAAUUAUUAAUUCAGAGCAAGAGUAGCAGGGGAGUGGUCAGAUCGGGAUAUUGCCUACAAAAUAUCGAGGUGGAUGUUACAGAAGCCACACUUAUUUAAUUAGAUCAUAGCAGGGCAAGCUGUGGCCAUUUCCCUUUAAGCUUGCUAUGCUUUCAACUCUGCUACUCUGGCCUUAUGUUUGAAAUUUAAAUCAGUGAAUAGUUAUGACAACGUUUUACCCCUCGGCUGCCGGAGAUGUAACUCCACCUUCUGCUGCAUGCAGGGGCUCUAGAGUUUGGUUGAAGUAACCCUUUUCGAUGUAGCACAAUAUAUACUCAGCAAAAACUGCUUCUAACAGGUGCAUUUAACUACAGAAUGCUUUGUCUAUGUGUGUAUAUGUAUUUGUAGAAGUACAUUCUUGUGUUGUAGUGCUGUUUAUAUUGAAUGUCUCUCCAUAGUUACCAGCCUUGUCUCUGAUCAUUAAAAUGUGUUCUGUUUUAGCUUCAAUUGGGUUGAUCAUUUUACAUUGCUUGUAUUUCAUAUAUUCCCGAAUUCAGCAUUAGUGUUUUUUAUUUUUUUAUUAUUAUUAUUAUUAUUAUUAUUAUUACUAUUAUUAUGCCAUAUUUAAUUAGACCAACAUACUACUUGUAGGGAUGAGGUCCUGCUAGAUUAGUGCUGACUCCAUAAAUUAGUAUUGUUUUCGUCUGGUUAUGUUGAGUCUUCCAGAAAAAAAAGUGCUAGUGGGGUGUGUAUAUCACAUGCCAUGGGCCCCCCUCCCCUGCUAGUGCUCAGAAGGGGCCGUGCCUUGCCAGACAAGCAUUCAAUUCAUCCUACUUGUAAACAUGAACUGUGGUAAGAAGUUGAUGUGGGAAAGGGGUGUGAGCUAGUCAUGUGGUGAUAUUUGCUAAGAUACGAAUUUAUCAGGGAAAAGAAAUAAAGACCCAAAGUGAAAUUCUUGCUUUUAGACGCAGAAAGGCGUCUUGCACAUAAGAAGAAUGUGGCCGUUUGAAACCAGCUGUGGAGUAUGUUUGCCGGAUCAUGUACCUACACACACUGUUUUCAUUCUUUGUCAAACAUCCCCCACAUUUAAAUAUCCGUCUUCAAUUCGUACCUGUCAAGAUGCAGACAAAGUGGCGGUGAUAGAAUAUUAUGCUAUGGGAUUAUCUUAUCUAUGUCCAAAUAUGAGCUUUCAAAUAAAUUUACACAGUUUAAAAGGGAACCAUCAAAUGUUUUUUUUUUUUUUUUUUUUAAAUCUUUUAUUUUUCUUUGUUUUCACUUUCUCCAAUGUUGAAAUUUUCACACACAAAAAACCGCAACAUGGUUUUUAAACUUUUAUAUCAACUCAUAGCAGCCUUGCUUUCCAUGAGUUGACUGUUUUUUUUCGGGAGGGGGGUUCUUGCCAUGUGAAUACAGUAUGGUGUUAACGUUCUCUAGAUUCUUAUACACAGUCAUGACAAUGAGUGACUAAUAGAAAAUGCUUUUUAAUGGGUAUACGGAUUACUCAAACAUCUGAUGUACAAGGUCUUUUGAACGUCUUUAGUUAGAAGCAUAACUUUUGAACCCAGGUGCCAGUGUAGGUAAUGUGUGUAUUUCCAGGCAGUGUGUACCUUUCAUAAAGUGCAAAUUGACAGGUCUGCUUGGAUUAAACUUUUUUAAUUAAAGACUAAAUGCACUAAAUCUGUAUCUAUAUGUAAGGAAAAUGAGUUGAUAUAGUAGAAACAUAACUGCUUUAAAGGCAACCAGCAAGUCUAAACGGGUGUCCAUUAUUUUUUUUCUGCUCAGUAGAGGACAGUAAAUUAUAUCUUGUCACCUUGACAAAACAACAAAGUACAUUUGACUCUAUAUGCAAAAAUCUAAUUCAAUUUAUUGAAUGUUUUCUGGAGUCUCUUGUUGUCGAAUAAUGUUUUUUUUUUUUUUUCUCCUCCCCUCCACUAGGUUGCAAUCAAGAUAAUUGACAAGACUAAGUUAGAUGAGGAAAACCUAAAGAAGAUAUUCCGGGAAGUGCAAAUUAUGAAGAUGCUGUGUCACCCCCACAUUAUCCGCCUUUACCAGGUACAUAUUCUCUCCAAUAUUCACUUGUUGUACUUGGGUUUAUCUGAUUAUUUGUAUGGUUCUUUCUGUGCCAGGUUUGUACUUAAAUCGAAACCAGAGAGAAAUUUCUUGCUAAACUAUUUUCCAUUAAAAACUUAGGAACAUUGUAAUUCUGCACAGUACCCGUCUCUCUAAAGAGAUCAUUAGUACUAAUUUCACUCAAUCCAUGUACCUCACAUAAUCGGCUUCAGUCUCAGAUGUACACAUUUACCUGUCUGGCUAUGCCUGGGGCACUUUCUGACACUAAGGCAAAGGACCUUGAUUUCCCCUCUUUGUACGGAAAUUAUUUGCAACACUUUAUUGCAGUACUAACAAACGGUCUAAUCAAACUGCAUGCACUAUAAGAUCUUCAAAGAAGUCCGUGAUUAUAACAAUGCCACAGACUUGGUUGUGGUGAUUGGGAGUAGAUUUAUUCAGUCAUUCCUAUUGCCCUUUUCAUUUCAAGUGCAUUUUGUUAAUAUUAAAGGACUGCAGAUUUGAGGCCACUUCACGUGACUUGGUUAUAAUAAUGAUUAUUACUCUUACUAAUAUCAGGGUGGGGGGGGAGGUUGUAGACACAGUUUGCUUUGAUUUGCUGAUUUUAUGGUAAACCAAAACUGCAUUGUACUUUGAUGUGGCAUAAAAUAUUAUUGUGAAUGUUGUGUUUCACACAAUAUUGUUGUAUGUUUCAGCAGAUGUUUGUCUAUAGAUUUGUUUUUUACUUUUCUUUGUUUAUAUUAGGGAGGCUUUGUAAUAUAUAUAUUGCAAUACACUAUCUCUGAAUAAUUUCUGCCCUAAAUGAACCUUUUGUUGGCAUCCCUUAUUAACCCCAUAAGGACACAUGACGUGUGACAUGUCAUGAUUCCCUUUUAUUCCAGAUGUUUGGUCCUUAAGGGGUUAAACACCUAGUAUUGCCACCAUAGGUAUGGGUGUCCCAUCCUGCUAGAACUAUGUGUCCUCCUUGCUUAAAGUGGCUCUGUCAUCUAAAACUUACCUUUUUCCUUUGUUUCCUCUUUUCUUCCUCUUUCCAAAUCUGUUCUUAAUUUCUUAUCUGUUUCUCUGUUAAAUAAAAGACAAAGUAGAGACUACUUUGUUCUAUGUAUUUUUCCUAUGUUUUACAAAUGUGACAAAAUGGUGGAGCUUCCUGGCUAUUGCUGCCCAAUUGCUAAUCCAAUAAAGUGUGGCUGGGCACCCAUUUCUCAUGGUGGGGCAUCUAAUAAAAUAAUUGUCCCCCACCCAUGACCUAUGUUUUGUAAAUGUUAUUAUUAUUUUAUUAUUAUUAUUAUUCUUCUUCUGUAAAAAUGGAUACUUCAGGGUUGCAUUUCAAAGUAUGCUUUUUAUAGUGGUUUCCCUACUUCAGUGAACUGCGAGUAAUGUGAUAAAUGGCAUUUUUGUAUGAGUGAUAGUUUUUAAGGAACUGUCUGACUCUGCAAUGUAAUUUUACUGAUUUCUCUCCAUUUCAACCUUCUCUAUAUUUAUUUUUCUUAAAGGUAAUGGAAACCGAAAGAAUGAUCUAUCUGGUGACAGAGUACGCAAGUGGAGGGGAAAUAUUUGGUAAGUGCAAGUUAGUCAAAAUCCCUCAACUGAGGGCACCGGUUUAACCUAUUGUGAGUUAUCUUGUAAGCAAGAUUUAUGUGGGAAGUGUAUUUUUGUGAGUUACAAAAUAAAAACGUAGCCAUAAAAAUAUCCAUUGAGACAGAUUCCUCCUCUUGUAUUUUGUUUCUCUCUUACAAUCAGGACCAGUUUCUGGUGUCUUCAUAACUAGUGUACUUUCCCCUGUCUCCCCCUUUUCUCCCUCUAAACUUGUACAGCUUCACAAUAAAGCAUAUGAUCCCUUUUCUCGUAUUCCCUGUCCGUUUUGUAGUUAAACUUCGGUUCUGCUGCAGUAUCUGUCUUUGAAGUGUAGUUAGCAGAGGCUUUUUAUGUUGGUCCAGACACGACUGAUUAUAGAGUAUACAGUCUAAACAUUUGAUGUGCCAGAGAAGUCCUCAACAGAAAAGGUGGGGUAUCCGCUACUGCUCUUUAUUUCUCCUCCUCACCUCCUAUCAUGUAUAUACUCCUCCAGGUCUGGAUUUAAGAGUUACUCUAUAGAUGUUGUAAAAAAACAAGGUGUUACUUAACAGUGUGGCAGAGGAAUAGUUAAACGAGUCUCGUGACUGCUAAUCAGAUGAGCCUGUCCUCCUUGCAGCAGCCUGACUCUGUAAACCGGAUGUAUAAUGCGUGUGGGAGUCAUAACAUCACUUAACCCCCUUAGCAACCAAAGGGCCCCUCACUGCAUGGGAAGAUAGGUAGAGGGAGAAUGGAUUUAUACAGCUUGUACUACUACCUUCUUAUGAUAUCCAGAUCACCUUGUCGUGUAUUAUACAGCAGUAAUAGGAUUUCUGCUGCAGUAUUAAUCCAUGCCGCUAAAAGGGAUUAAAAAUGGAAGGAUUAAGUAGACAUUGCUCAUAUGUCCUAAUUUCUGAAGGUGCUAGGGGAUUCCAUUGAGCCCCUCUCUUUGGCUGAACAUUCUGUUCUAAGUUCUGCUAACACAACCUCUUUCGCUCUUUUGAAAAACCCUUCCCUUCCAGCUAUCAGAAUAUUCAUUUUGUAGAGAAACACUUUGGUUUUUGUGCAUUCUUCCAGCAACCACCCCUAUAAAUAGGACCAUAGUCUUCGGUCAAACAGCAGGCAUUCCUUCCCAAAAUACAGUGAGGAAUCUUGCCUUUAGUGAGCAGUGAGGCUGGGAAGGGGGUGGGAGAAGGGGAGCAGCAAUAGGUUAGAACUGGUCCAGUAUGGCUGUGCCAGAUAUUUUUAUAUUUGUUUACAGUUUUUCAUUAUUUAUUAAUGCUAAAUGUUUCUAAAAUAAUAUUUAUGAAUGGGUCCUAAAUCCUAAAGUUCUAUAUAGACACAGUACCUGAGAGUGCUUUAUUACGCUAUUUUUUUUAAAGUUGUGGCAACUGUAAAUAUUCCGUUUACAUUGAGCCUGCAGUGUUAAUGUUUGCACUGUUAUUAUAUAAGGGCUUGAAAAGAAUCCAGGGUAAAUGUCUCUAUUAGGACUGUUUAACCUUUCCUGGCUGCUAACUGUUAUCAGUGGUCAGUAUCUAUGUGCCAGACGCCCAAUGAGGUUAAGCUGUCUCUGCAUGAUGGAGUAGCAGGAACAGCUACAGAGUUGCACUCUUUUACAACAGGUUAGCACUGAGAUGAAAUGGCAUGACAUUAUUUACUCCUGGCACUAAGCCAGAAUGCAAUGCUCAGGAAUGCUUUGCUGCCAUUUAGGGGAGGGACAGCUCACUUCCACACUUGAUGCCAGGGACAGAGCUGCUGACAACGAUUUCCUCUUCUUUCUCUCUCUAAGAGGAGAGAGAGAGAAUUAUAAAACAUGGUGUGAAUGAAUGUUUCAUUUAAAAAUUAUUUUUUUUUAAUGUAAACGAAAAUUCAUUGUUGCUGGUUUCGCUUCCAAGACCUCCCUAGGCAACCGCACGUCUAUUGCUUGUUGAACGUCCGUGAUCGGCUAUGGAGUGGUCAUGUUAGUAAAUCAACUCACACUGUGUCUGACCUGCAUUACGUACACAUCCUUAUAGGAAAGCCAUUUUGUGGGAAAGUGGAGGUGUGGCUGACUAGAAGGUUAUGCUGCAGAGAAACUUCAAUGUAUUUAUUUUCUUUCUAGCAAAACUUUGUUGAGAAUAAUACAGCAUGAAUAUGAGGUGGAAAAACCUGUCACUCUGUGAUAAUGUGAACAGUAAGGAGGGUAUUUAUUAGUGUUCUGAAAAGUGACAGAUAAAUUACAUAGUUAUUUUGAUCAUAUUAAGUAAUUUAAAAAAGGAUUUUUAUUUUUGCAGGUGAGGCAGUAUGACAUAUUUGUUAAAAUGUUUAGUUUUCAGUGGAUACAUUCUUUUAGCUUUGUAGACUCCAUAUGAUCACCUGUAUUUUUGUUACAUUAGACUUGGUUGCAUACAAUAAGAACAAUGCCUCACACAACAGAUUUCUAUAUCAGCUUGUCGUCAGGUAUGCAGGGCUCAUCAGUGUGACUUGCUGUUGGGUACUUGUGGCCCUUUGGGUUGUCAUGGGGUGUAACUUGACCAUAUAGUCACUAAAACAUACUAAAACCAUUGCGCUAACAAAGAAUAACAUUAAUGAAUGUACCGGUACAAUGUAUGUCAACCUUUGGGUCUGAGGACAGUGUACUAUGUCUGGACGUUUGGGUGCACCCUGGUUUGUGGAGGUCAUGCGUUUUCCCUAACAAUUAGGGAUGUCAGGGGAAGGAGGGGGGUUAUAAAUGACUAGCUGUCAGUAGGCUCUGGUUAGGCCUUCACUUAUGGUUUGAUAUUUUAAGCACAGACCUUCUCUGGGAGUUCGAACUGGUUAAGAAUGCAAUUAGUAUAGGGUGGGAGUUUAAGAGAGGAAAGAUUGAGGGGUAGCAAUAGACAGAAAUAUCAGCAGUGGUCCCCUGGUUCCCUAUGUUACGGAUUCUAGUCCGUUUCUUGGGAUGAAGGGGGGUCUUAUUGGCUUGGGCCCUCCGCACUUGUGGCCCGUCUUCUAUUCCUAUCGCUACCAGAAAGAUGGUGGCCUCUGCCACAUCGUUGGCCUUGAUUUGCUUGCUUUCUUAGUUGACCAUCAGAGCUCUAGAUAGUAGUCCAUCUAUAUGGUAUUCCUGCUUAAGUUGUAGUGUGAUGGGUUUCAUAGUCUUUCUCCAUAGCAGAGUGGAGCGGUGUAGGUCUUGCAAGGUAUCUUGUGGGAUUCAAAGUCCACAGGUGGGGGGCGGAGCUUAACCACGGAACGGAGCGGUCGCAUGUGUAGCGAGCUCCGGCAAAAACGCGGCUAAUUACCGACAAACAAACCUCUCACAGCCCUUAUAAUCCUAUCAACCGACGGCCAGGACAGAGGGGCAAAGCACUCACCUGAUCGAUGCCCUUUUUAUACCGCCAGACGGGACGGAAAGUACGCCGCACAUCCAAGGCCUAUCCAGACUACAGGGCCUUUGAGACGGCGCUCCACAACGCGGUCUUCUCCACUGCCAUACCACCCACGGAGCACACAGACACCGACCCGAUAAACAUGGGACGAAAAUCCCAGCGGAUAGCUACAGGUGCGUGCAAAGAUACCCAAGACAUUAGCACCAUGCUCCAGCGCACAGCGGCACCGAAAAUGGCGGCCACACCCGACCCAGACACAGGCUCCACGUGCUCGGAGCUUGCCCUGGGGGACACCCUAGAACAUCACUCAGCCCAAACUGACCCUGAUGCACUGACACCUGCCACAAAAUUAGACAUUAAAAACCUCCUCGAGCUGAAACAAAUGUCCGCAGCAGACAUGGCUUUAAUGAAAACGGAGGUGCAGGCGGUCACAGACCGAGUGAAGACCACUGAAGAAGACAUCAUAGAUGUUCAAAACGAAAUGAGAAGCCUAAAAGAAACAGUGCACCAACUAAAAGCAUCACACACAACCCUGCUCAACAAGUUGGAUGCAGCAGAAGAGAGAAGCCGUAAGAGCAAUGUGAAAAUCAGGGGUAUCCCUGAAGAAAUAAGUCAGGCGGAACUACCACACUACUUUAGACGUCUGGCCGCCACCAUAAUGCCACACGCACAGGCCAAAAAAUUAAAUAUAGCAGGGCUAUUUCGCAUCCGGAAAUCGCCACAGGCACCCCCCCAAGCAACCAAAGAUGUGAUCGUACGGUGCCAUACCCAAACAGACAGAAAUGCCAUCUUCGCUGCCCUAAAAGGCAAAACACCAUUGGACUUUGAAACCGCGAGUCUUACCUUCUAUCAGGACCUGACACGAUCCACACUCCAAUGGAGAAGAACCCUGCGCCCUAUGACCCGCCGCCUCCAAGACGCCAAGUUAGUAUACCGCUGGACUGCACCAAAAACACUAUCGGUGGACCACAACGGCACCACUCUACACCUCAACUCCACUCAGGAGGUGGACUCUUUCAUUAGGGCACUGGGACUACCACAAGGAUCUGACCACACAGAAGUACCCGCCAGCUCCCAUAUGUGGGACCCCAACAGGACUGUCCCUUUUCUACCGAGGGGAAGAGGAGCCCCUGAGGCAACCACCUGACACCACUGACUGUCUCUCAACCCAUAAACGCACUUCAACUACGAAGCCUCUACCGCUAUAAUUAUUGUUUCGCUAUAAUUUGACUUUCACUGGUUUUCGACUUGAUUUUUCUCAAUUGUUUAAGGCUUGGCACCUAGGCACCACUGUAAGGCACAAUAUGUUUCCUAGGAUUAUAUAAUCCACGUAAUGGCAAAAUACGGCACACCGCUAUAGCCACGACGAGUAGCACACUACAUGGCAAAACACUCUUAGGUUAGGGCCAACUAUAGGCCGCUGGUAUAUUCCGCCCCCCCGCGGCCUCCCUGGUUAGGGGCCACUAACCACUUGAUACCGCACGAAUACCACUUAAACACAUGGGAAGACCCAGGGUUGACAUUAAGUACACCCACACCAAGCGAGCCAGAACCUGGGACCCCCAAACUGAGCCACACUAACAAGGAGUGGGGCAAAAUUAUUUAUCGCCAUAGUACAUAUUUCAAAUCACUAACAUGGGAUGAGGAAUAGCUACUCAGAACCCUACACACAUACUGGAUGUACAGAUUACACUAUAUCCAUACAACUUCUUCCUCCAAACAGGAGACUAUGGCGAUCUAGCGAUAAUUCUAAUUAGAAGGAUGUAACGUGGGAACUUACUUUCCUAAUUUAAAAUUGUGCAAAGUAUUUCAAUGCCAAAUGUUUAUUCAUGUUUUCUGUUUGAAGCCUGAGACAGCUGUUGUGGCAUCUCAAGCGACUAUGUUAAACAAAUGCGCAACAAAAAUAAAGAAUUAUAAAAAAAAAAAGUCCACAGGUGACUUAUUCUGAACAGCCCUUAUCAAUGCCUAUUUAUCUUGUCUCGUCCUGCAUCGUAAUAUUAUGUCCCUUGGGGCUGUGGGUGGUGCUUUGGGAAACUUGGCAAAGGGGUAAGCUCAGUCGUUGGUGAAUUGCUUGGCCUGUUUUGCUGGGAGUAAUUAAGUCACCAUUCGCCUAAAAAAAAAAAAAAAAAAUGUGGUGGUCUGAGACGCCUCUAAUCUUUAGAUUUUUCUGGCAAGAUCUUUUAAGAUCUUUCAUCCAGGGUAUCCACUCUCUAUGUGAGGGCAGAGGGGUGUGCUUGUAGCUGCUUGACCGUGCCUCCCAGUGCCAUAAGGUUGCGUUGCAGGUCGGAUAUAACAGUUUCUGUAGUCUGAACGCGAGUGGUGACCGCUUGUACCUCUGUUAGCACCGCGGCUAUGUCGGCUGCAAAGAGCUGCUGUAUUUUGACAAAGAGGUUGUCUAUGUCCUGUUUUGUUGCAAGGUCUCUGUUGGCUGGGGCGUUUGUGGUUGGGUGCCUGUCUGUGGGUGGCUCUGUCCCUGGCAUCCUCACUCACCCCACUCACUCCACCUGUCUCUUGAGGGUCGUAGGCCUCAGUCUCUGCCUGCUCCAGCACCCUGUGCUUGGGCACGCGUUGGAGCAUUGUGCCGAUGUCCUGUGACUCAUGGGGUGUGUGCACCUGAGAUUUGUGGGUGGUCUUGCCCAGCUCUUAAGGCAGUACCAGCAGGGGAUCGGGCGUUAACCAGUCUGGGUCCCACCAGGCCGCGAAAGCCUUCGGUGAGACAGCCACUAGAGGCUUUGGAGGCUGGAUUAACCCUAUUAUAACCCUAUUAUAACCCUAUAUAUAUUCUCUGAAACUGCUAUGUUUAUUAAAAAAAGGGGUUAAUCCUAGAGGGACCUGGCACCCAGAUCACUUCAUUAAGCUGAAGUGGUCUGGGUGCCUAGAGUGGUCCUUUAAUUGUAUCUCAAUCUCUAAAUUGAACUUUAAUCACAUACAGGAGGCUCUUGCAGGGUCUAGCACGCUAUUAACAUAGCAGGGGAUAAGAAAAUCUUAAUUAAACAGAACUUGCAAUAAAGAAAGCCUAAAUAGGGCUCUCUUUACAGGAAGUGUUUAUGGAAGGCUGUGCAAGUCACAUGCAGGGAGGUGUGACUAGGGUUUCAAACAAAGGGAUUUAACUCCUAAAUGGCAGAGGAUUGAGCAGUGAGGCUACAGGGGCAUGUCCUAUACACCAAAACUGCUUCAUUAAGCUAAAGUUGUUCAGGUGACUAUAGUGUCCCUUUAACCUUCCACUCUUUUGAAUGACAUUUCCCUUUUAGGCUUUGCUGAGCAUCACAGGAAAUAUUAGCAAGGUUAGCCAUCAACGCCUUUUCUCCCCUGGACAAAUAGCACUCGUUCCUCUGUCUUCUGUCUGUCCUCUGAAACCCUAAGUAAUGCUUUUCCAUGCCGCGUCUUUUACCGAGCAUCAUUCGGGAUGUACUGGGUCUACAAUGUGUUUCCAAUUGAUGUAGUGCAUCGUGUUUCCAGGACAGUCUUCCUGUAAAACAUUAUACAGUGGUGUUACUUGUUAGGGGAAUUAGGAUUCAUUCUAUAUUUGGGGUCCUUGAGUGAAAUUUAUGUAUGUUCUGCUUCCUUGUACGCACCUUUUAAGCAUGUAGUGCGUGACUAAUGAGUCUUGGGAUUAGUAACAAGCUCAUUUUCUAGACACAGCACCUGAUCUUCAGCCCGUGGGAAUGCUCUAUUUUCACCUUUUACGUCCUUUAUAAGCUCUUCCCCAGGUUGUGCGUGUGUACGUGUUUUGGAAUUUUUUGUGAGGUUGAUAGAUUUGAGCACUUUCUCCUUACUCUAUGUAUGUUAGCCAAAUGUAAACUGUAUUUUCUAUUUUCUUGACUGGAUAGGUUUAUUCACCUGAUACCCGUUAGGUGUGAUUUAGAUGUGUAAGGGCUUUCUAGCUCUAUAGCUCUAAACUUUAUAUACAGGUCCACUACUGAUUCAGUCUUUUUUUUUGGAAGGGUUCUCUGAAAAGGUCCUUUACCCUAAUCAAUAGAGAAUUAUAAUGUGGAAUCAAUGUAACAGUGAAGCGCUAUAUUAAAAUACUGUGUAUUACAGUAUUUUACGGUAUUUUAAUAUAGCGCUUCACCGGUACAUCUAUUCCACAUUUCCACAUUAUAAGAUAAGAAUUUGGUGAUGGAGCUGCUUGACUAACAUCUAUUUUACACAUUGUGGUAUUGACAAAAAUGUUUUUAUCCAAUAUAUUAGCGCUGGUACUUCACUGCUUUUUGUAGAGAAUUAAAAUGCCUGAACUUGUAUAAGAAUAGAUUUCAUUCAUGUCAGGAAUUAAACAUGAUAUCUGGUUCCCCUUGUUUAUCACCUUUUCAAAAUGUAUCGUGAAGUAACAAUUGCUUGUUCUUUAUAAUGUAUUCUAUUUUCUAAUCUUAUUUAUUUUAUAUUGGUUCAUGGUUAAUGGAGAACUCAGAUUUCCAUGUGGAAAUGUUGGAUCUGCAUGUAACUUCCACACUCACUUAUCUGAAAAAUGUGUUGCAUUACCCAAAUAGUAUAACUUAUAAUGAAGCAAUCAGAUGAAAUUGCAAAGCCCUUCUAAUGAAAGUGCAAUGUCCUAUACCUCUCAACAUUUUGAAUAUCCAGAGGGACACUUUUGUGUUAAGGGGUGAGCGUAGAGAACGUGUUAUUGCCAAGACGUUUGUAACAGCUAAAUAAUUCUAAGACAUUUUAAAGCAUAUUUUGCUCGUUCUCAUAGUCUCUGUUUUUGUUGCACUGUAUUUGCUUUGGCUGUCAUUAAGCUAAAAGGGUAAUCCAGAUUGGGACCCUGUGCUUAGAAGGGUAUCUGCUACACCUAUUACUGAAUAUUUUCGUUGCGUUAUCUUAUUUAUGUACAUGGGGCCCAUAUUGCUUCUCGAUCGUCAGUCAUAUAGUAAAAUAUAUUGUUUGCUUUUUCUCGUUUUCAAAACGUAAUUAUCUCUGCUGCUUUGUUUCUUUUCCUGUGUGGCAUGUCUGCCUGUUCCUAUAUUUUCCAUGAGUCACCUACUUUUUUUUAUUUAUUUAUUUUUAAUCCUUUCUCACAUCCCUUCUCUCCAUGGCAGAUCACCUGGUUGCACAUGGACGUAUGGCUGAGAAGGAAGCACGUAAGAAGUUUAAACAGAUUGUGGCUGCCGUUCAUUUCUGUCACUGUAGAAACAUUGUACAUCGAGAUCUAAAGGCUGAAAACCUGUUGCUGGAUGCAAACCUCAACAUCAAGAUUGCAGGUAAGGCGCUCGUUAUAGAAUAGGCCACAUAACUACUGACCCGAACGCCACCAUUUGUAAGCUGUGCUUACGGCACCCAAUUUCAUCAGUGUCUGUAAUGGACUUUUAUAAAUUUAAAAUGCUCUGUACGCAAUGAUAAUAUUUAUCUACUGGCUGUUUAGAUUUAAGUUUCAUUCUGCUUUCUCAUCAGGUAUAGUGGAAAUAAUGACUGUGGCAGCAUUUAUAAAGUGGUUUAUGGCUGGGCAGAUCAUUACCAAUAACAAAUGCUCUUUUAGAACACCUUGUUUUGGGCUUAGUUAGAGGUGGUGGGUGGAUUGUUUAAAAAAUAAAAAAAAAAAAUUAAAAAAAAAGUCAGUUUGUGAACAGUUAACCCUGAAAUUAUAUUAAUUGUUGUGUGGAUAGUCAUUGCCUGGCAUCUUCUUACAUUUACCUGGUUCUUUCGAAACUUAUGUUGCAGAAAUAACUUUCCACCCUUCUCAGCCUCUUUUAUUUUCUACAUAUUGAGAAUCAGAUGCAGACCAGUUACAUGAGAGACAGACAAAUCGGACAUAAACUACAAUGAAACUAUUUGAUGAUUUCAUUUUUGUGGUAAAAAGGAUCCAUACAUUGAGAUAAAUAUAAAAUCCAAGUAGACAUAAGGCAAACCUGCUAAUUGUUAAGGCUCCGUGUGUACCUGUUUUUUUUUUUUUUUCCUUAUUCAAAUUAUAUUAGUCCUGAUCUGGUGCCAGGUUUUUGAAAGGAUCUAUAAAUCAGAAAUAACACCUGUAAAAUGCACAUAUUUUUUUUUUGUUUGUAAUUUUUUUUUUUGUAAAUCCAGAAUCUUCUGUUUACCAAUAUCUGCGUUCUGUAAAAACAAAAAAUGCUGGCCCUUCCUGCCCGCAGGUUUACGAUCAUCUCUUUCAGUGCAUAGUUAGUCAGCAAAAGGGUCUUGUUUACUUGGUAUAUUAGGACGGGUUAGUUGGCAAAAGGUUAGCUAAAAAUCGAAGGAUGAGAGAAGGUCUAUUCUAUAAAUGUUUUUGUUUCUCCUUUGAUACAAGUGUAUGUUAUAUGUUAGGCAAACGGAAAAAUCAUGUAUAAUUUGUGAGAAAACAGACUGUGAAAGGCUUAAAGGGAAAACCUAAACAGCUCAUGGAAAAAUAGCGGUUUUCUUUGGCUAGGAAGGACAUGGUGUGAUAUCACAGAAAGUGUCUGUUGAUUCCUUAUCUGCUGUCUGGAAGCCAGGCCUUGACGAAUUUACCCUGCGUUUGGGAGCCAGGCAAAAUUAAACCCUGCACUCAAACUCUCACUACUGCUGGGCUGCAGCAAUGACUAUACUACACAUCAGCCCCAACAUGUACAAUAAUCACAAAAGAAAAAAGUUACUUUCGCACCAUCCCCAAUGUCUGCGCACAUUUACAUAACUUUUUUUUUUUAAGUAUCAUUCCAAUGGCUAUUAAAGUGUAAGCUCACUUGCCAUGUCAAGGCAAAACCUCUAAGGUGGGUCCUACACUAACCAUUCACCUUGCUUAUUUCAGCUUAAAGGUAAAAUCUGAGGCCGUGGUAUUUUUCUAAAUCUCUACACACACAUUAACUUGGGGUGUGCUGCAGCACUGUAACAUCGGUGUGUAAUACAAAAGCAAAUAAAAAUAUACAAAAUUAAGAUCUGUGCUAAAAUUCCCACUAUUCCUGGGCGGCAGCAAUGACAUAUCAGCUCCAAAAAUCUAAGAAAGUUAUUUGCGCACUAUCCCAAUUCAUUAUGCACCUUUAUAUAACCGGUAAGUUUAAUGGCCAUUCAAGUGUAAUCUCAACCUGCCACGCCAAAUUUCCAUUAACCUUUUGAGUGCCAGAGGUGGUCUUGUGUAUCAUAUCUCAUCGCUCCUACCCCCAUACCAAUAUCUCUCUGUUUCAUGCACACCCAUAUGAUAUUUAAUUGGAUGUAUUCUCCAAUACAUUAGGCGUGGUGGUGUAGUGAUGCCUCGAAUGCAGAGUGAGUAAUUGAUUGGUGCUGAUCCUUCGCAGUGUGAAACCGCUGUGAUAGAGGUGACUUAUUAAAUCACACCCUCACAAUCUCUAUUACAGUUUGAUUUAUUUUGCAAUGGACCAAUGACAACAAGAUGACAGCAUCUUGUGCUGAAGAAUCCCCUGAUUCAUGCUGCUGUUUCACAGCGAGCUGUUGGGAACCCAGUAUUUCAGGUGCCAUUCAUAAUAAACUGGAGCCGCCCAAGACUUGCCACAUUUGGCACCAUUUGUGUUAAAUUACUGGCGGUUGGGAAUAUCUUCUUGAUCAUUGUGCGCUUACUUGUCACCAACACCAGGUUCCUCCUUGGUGAAUGUUUGGUGGGCUUUAUGGGGAUUUGAUGCUAAGCUUUGAGGAACUAUUAUUGAGAUAUCUUGGAGUGUCAAAGAGCAUCUUUCUCAAUGUUUACCACCGCAAGUGUGAGUGUCCAAGCAGACACUGAAUGUCAAUUACAACUGCAUGAGGACAGCCCCAGCUAAAAUAUAAUAAGGUGGCCAAUCUUAACUAUGACUUCUCGGGGUCAUUAUUAUUAAUGUAUUACAUUUGUAAAUAUAUUACAAAAGUUUUUCUUUUUUUUUUUUCUUUUUCUUCCCUCUCUUAACUGGGAUCAUGGCCAUAAAGGUUUGAGGGUUUUUCCCACCUUGUUUACUAUACAACAACUGACAGGUAAAGUAUUUUUAACAGUGUAGUGGAUUUAACCCCAAAGAAAAUAUGCAUGUGUUUUUUUUGUUUUUAUGCUUUAUUUCUUUGGGGUUAAAAUAAAACCUCACUUGUAAAAGCUGCAGACCUAAUGUCUGGAGCUUUUGCAAGCCCUUCUGUCUUUUCCAAAUACAGGUUUUUCAUUGAUCACACUCUAUUGUGGCUUUCUAAUGCUUCUCAAUAGGCUGCAGUACAACUCAUCGAGAAAGGAGGAAGGCAGGCACACGCUAGCACAACACACCUGUCUGUUAGCUUUCUGUGUAAUUGCAUAACAGUGUCUGUAAGCAUCUCCUACAUAAUAAUGUCUUAGCAGCCUGGGUACAUUGUUAUCAGGUUCAGCUGUAUACAUUAUCCACUAAACUGUGAUUUGUCAGAAAUUUAAAACGAGAAUUUUCCUAUUAUAAAAUUUUAAAUUCUAGGCCAAAAAAGCCAGCUGGUUUUUAGUUUGGCUUUUUAGGCUUAAAUUUUGAAAUACCUUUUGAAAACUCUUAAGUGAAUAACUCUGUAUAGAAUUCUGAACAGUCUGUACAGAAAUCACUUUGAGAAAAGCAGAAGCAAUCAUUUCAACCAUCUUGUUUAGCAACCACCUUUUUUGUGUAGUCUAACAUUGAUCGGUAUAGUUUGGCUCCAGUCUGUCUUGUGCCUAGGAACUUGGGAAUAAGGACAUCCCGACAGGAAGAGGCACAAGCAGCAUAGGUGGAAGCCUGGGUUUCAGCCUUUUAACCUAACAGAUCUGUUUGCUUUCAAUCAUAAUAGCUAAACUGUAUGUGACUUACAGGAAUAGCCGAGCUCAUGGCCUCGCAACGCCUGUUUCCAGUUAUUAAUUUGAUCUGGACCUAGGCAGUGUUGCUGAUGGAUUAUUGCUAACCCUAAGUGGGGAAUGAAGUACAAUAUUACAGCUCUUUUAAAGAAAGGCAUAUUUGUUCAGGCAGACUUUUCCUUUAAAUGGGUUUUGGGACAGAGGAUAAAAGUAACCCUGAAACAAGUUGGCAUUUAAUUCAAUAUGCAUUUUUCAGACUAGAUAUGGCGGUGAUAUAAAGAUUUAAAGUAGUCAAAUACAGAAAACUUUUGGGGUGCAAGUAAUUAAUGUGAGCUGGCUAUUCGUGGGACUCCUGUGGGGUGGGAGCUGGUUUCUAAGUGCUCUAGAACCUCCCAUCUGUUGUUUGCCUUGGCAGCUCCUGAAAUCCGUCAUCUGAUGAGUAGGCUGCACUUACUCUCAGAGCUGCUUUGAUCCGCUGCUUGUUUUUGUAUUUUUUAUUUCAAAGAUUCUAAAAAACCUUGAGUGUUUUUCCUGCCCCUCUGUCUCCACUCCAUUCAUUCCUCCUAUAUCUCGUUUCCAUUGCAUGCGUUCCUUGUAACCAUGUGAGCAGAGCUGACAGACCUACUCUAUUGUUUUAUAUUCACGUGUGAAAACCAUUUCUGUCCAGUACAUUUACGGAGUGAAUGUAUUAUUUAUGUUCUCACCCUGAUUGAUUUUACUGUGCUGUUAUGUUAAGCCUGUGUUGUGAAUAUGAGAGGCAAUUAGAUCAAAAAUAGUAAUUAUGAAUUUACAUCAGUAGAAAACUGGCAAGUUGCUAGUACAAACCAUCUGCUACAUUGAGAUAUUUCACAUAUACCUCAUCAGCAUGCAGAGCUACCCCGAACAUACAUGAUUCAAAUACCGCGUUCCAAAUAGUCUAAAAAAAGGUUUUUACAGAACACCUAGAGGACCAUUCACUAGGUGCUGAACAGCUUCUGAGUGAUUGGUUGCUUUAAUUUGAUGGUUUCAUUUGAAAUGUUGCUUUGUGAACCACAUUUGGCUAUUCACAAACCGCAGAUUUAGUUGUUUCAGACAUGUUUGCACUGCUACACAACUACCAUUUGGUUUCCUGUUGUAAUUGUCCAAAAUUCUCUGUACAUUGGCUUAAUCUGCUAUUUCCAAACAACCAAUUUUAGUCUUCUUAAUUUGUUUGAUACAAUUCCACUUACACAGAGCAGAUAGCUUGCACAGAUAGCAGUGAAUUCACCUAUAACUGUACUCCUUAAGUAGAUCUUGACCUUGAUUUGUUUUGAUGUUUUUUUAUGACGCGGGUACAUUUGGUUGCUGUUCAUCUAGAUCCAUGUUCAAGUGAAUUUCCCUACUUCCAUUAGAUCCAUUUUAAAGUACAGUAGUAUAUCAGUGUAGAUUCCGUUUGGUCGCUAGUGUUAAACUCAGGAUUCCUCUGAAUGAAAUUGGCUGAUUUUGCUAAAGCAUAUUCUAUUUAGUGAGAAGGCCGUGGUUAUUAAUUGACAGCUAGAAUAAUAUGCACCCACAUUGUACAACCAUAACAUCUGUUAGAUGCUGAAUAAACUGCACAUUUCUUAUUAAAACUGCAUGGAUUUUAUCAUCUUUUAUAUGGCCAAAUUAAUUUUAGGCCAUUAAUUUUUUUUACCAAUGCCUUAAACAAAUUUUACAAAGAUGUGUUGAGUAAUUUAAUCUUGAGUACUUGAAUUAGUCCUAAAUUCUUAAUUUUCCAAUAUUACAGGACGUACGCUCUGUAUAUUUUACCAAACAUCAUAAUUUUCUUAUUUUUAAGUGUGUGUAGAGUUUUGUGAAUCACAUCAGUAGUACUGGAAAAACUUUUCAUGCAGUGGUGCACUACAUUCACAUUUACCAUCCUUUGCGCAGACUUUGGAUUCAGCAACCGGUUUACCCCUGGACAGCUUUUGAAGACCUGGUGUGGGAGUCCUCCCUAUGCUGCCCCGGAGCUUUUUGAAGGGAAAGAGUAUGACGGACCCAAGGUUGAUAUCUGGGUGAGUGGAAAAUGUGUAUAUUCGGGUACAGAAGUGCUUAAUUGUAUUAGGUAAUACGUUUUGAAAAUUCAUAAGGGCAAGAAUGUAAUGGAUCUUGUUUUUUUUCCUACCGUAUGUCAACAUUGAGUAGUGUUUGUUCAUAUUUAUGUUUGUUAUGGCAUUUUGUGAGCUGUGUAUGAGACGGUGUAUGACAGUGAGGCGGUCUAAGCUGGUAACGCAAUAGACAUGUUCUUGGAGUAGAGUGUGACUCCCAAUUGUUUGAUACUUCUAAAUCAACAUCAUCCUUCGUACUCUUGGGUUUUUUUCUUAUUCUCUGGGCAGAGUUUGGGAGUUGUCCUGUAUGUGCUGGUCUGCGGAGCACUUCCUUUUGACGGGAGCACCUUACAGAAUCUCCGUGCGCGGGUCUUAAGUGGGAAAUUUCGUAUCCCUUUCUUCAUGUCCACAGGUAACUGGCUUAAUCUGCCUGCUUUUACUGCAUCAGAAUAAAGGCCUUGAUUUUAAUAGUUUUGGAUAAACAUCUAAAAUGAUUUAACAUUUUUGAAAAAUAUUUUUGGUAUAUUUUUUUUUUUGAUCGUGAUAUUGUGGUUUAUUUUUUUUAAACUUUUUAUGUGAUAUAUUUUUUGAUAUGUUACAUUUUAUUUUAAACUUGUAUCCAAAAAGUAUUAAAUCAUUUGAAAAGCUUAUCCAAACAUAUUAAAUUAAUUAAGGCAUAAUUAGUGUCCACUUAUUUCAGUUAUUUUUUCUAUCUUGUGAAAAGGCAAUGCAGAUAUUAUUACACACGUCUGUGUGCAUACUGUAUUAAUAUACAAUAGAGCAGUUAAGAAUAAAAUAGUGUGAAAUUUAUAAGCCAUAACCUGAAUAGGAUGAACUAAUACCCCCUGAAACAUUGUACAUGUCUGAAUAAUCACCGUCUUACUUCGUUUUGGUAUAUUUACAUUACUUGCCAUUCUUAUCUGUGCUCUAUAAAUAAUGCAGAUAUCAAGUGAUCCUUAUCUUAUGUAUUUAAUAAACCACAUUUGUUUUGUUUGAACAAAAUAAUUGAAACCAAAGAAUAACUGAGUUUGGGAUUUUUUUUUUUUUUCCUUCUAAUGGGAGCUAUUAAAAAUUGCAAUUGCCUUUCAAUUUUCCAUAAGUCAGUGGUCAGUGAAUACAUCUGUGAUUCCUAUCUUUUGCACAGUGACAUGAGAACAAAGUGUUGUUAAACAGUUGUACCUCCUACCGAUGUACACACUGUGUGUUUGAAUCAGUUUUGUUUUUCCAAUUAGCCUCCUUUCUUGCACAAUAUGCUUUUUAGUGCAGGCCAUUUCACCAGACAUUCCUGAGCCAAACAUUUUCAUUAAUAAGCAACACACUCGCUUAAAGCACCACUGCCACUUUUGAGUUUUUCAUAAUGAUAUAAACUUUAUUCGUAUAGACUGCAGUCAAAAGGUAUUCGAAGACAAAGCUUCUGGGGAUUGAUCCAUUUGUGUUAUUGUUUUGUAUCCUUAUUAAGCUUAGAACAAGUAUAUUGCAAUUUAGAUCUUCUGCGUGCACGUGGAAUAACGAUGGGGCUUGUGGGACACGGUGGCAUAAAUUUGAUCUACAUUGGUUUAAAUUGAUGUGACAUUGUUGGUAAAACUACUAUUGUGGGUAUAUUUGUAUUGGAGUCAUUAAAUAUCUUCCAGGCUUGUUUAACCGUUUUUUGACCUGUGUCCCUCAGAAUGUGAGCACCUGAUCCGACACAUGCUGGUUUUGGAGCCCAGUAAGCGUCUCUCCAUGGAGCAGAUCUGCAAACACAAGUGGAUGUGCCAUGGCGAGCAGGACCUCGAGUUUGAAAGAGUGAGUCUGACACACAUUUACAUACACUUAUCUGUAAUUCUUUUAAUGGUAAUUCACUAAAGUGAGAAUUGCUGUGAAUUUCAAAUUUAUGGACAAACUAGUUGCCAUAGAAACAGAACGAACUUGGAAAAUGUUUCCAAUUUGAAUAUUUUGGCCUAAAUUUUGAAAUUCACUUUGACUUCCUGGCAUAUCUCACCUUGGGAAGUAACCGUUUUAUUAAAUAAAAAUAUAUUUGCAUGUGCUUGUACUGUGAUAUGACCUCCAUUUUCCUUUUGGCAAAAUAAACAGGUUACCACUUACACAUUAACAAUGGACGUGUUCUGUUUGUUUUUUUUGUUUGUUUUUUUUAUUUAUUUAUUUAUUUUAUUUUUUUUAAUUUUGUAAAAAAAAAAUUAUGCCAUGUUUGAGUUUCUUCAUGCAAAAUCCAUGCUUAAAUAUAUUGUAAAGUAUUUUAUAUUGACUCUCACAGUCCGUUGUACCCUCCGCAGUGGCAACUAUUAAAAUAAAAAAUCAAAUUGGCUACUCUUAUCAACCUUGAUUAAAGGACCACUAUAGUGCCAGGAAAACAAACUAUUUUUCCUGGCACUAUAGUGCCCCCACCCUCAGGGUCCCACUCCCUGAAGGGGGAGGAAGGGGGUUAAACAUUCACCUUUCUCCAGCACCGGGCUGCCUCGGCGCUGGGGACUCUUCCUCCCCCCCCCCCGACGUCAUCGGCUGAAUGCGCAUGCGCGGCAAGAGCCGCGCGAGCAUUCAGCCAGUCCAUUGGAAAGCAUUCUCAAUGCUUUCCUAUGGAUGUCAGCGUCUUCUCACUAUGAAAAUCACAAUGAGAAGCGCCUCUAGCGGCUGUCAGUGAGACAGUCACUAGAGGCUGGAUUAACCCAUAUGGAAACAUAGCAGUUUCCUUGAAACUGCUAUGUUUACAGCAGUCAGGGUUAAUCCUAGAUGGACCUGGCAACCAGACCACUUCAUUGAGCUGAAGUGGUCUGGGUGCCUAUAGUGGUCCUUUAAUAACAAACUGAAAUCAAAAUUCGAAAACCUAAGCUAAAAUAGUUGACUAUAGUUGAGAUGAGGAAUGUUUCCAUAUCCUCUAUUUAAAGGGAUCCUAUAGUGCCAGGAAAACAAAGCCAUUUUCCUGGCACUAUAGGGUUAGUAGGUGUCCCCACCCCCUCCCAUGGGGUUGAAGGGGUUAAAACCCCUUCAGGCACUUACCUGAAUCCAGCGCUGAUGUCCCUCGGUGCUUGGUUAGGCUCCGCUCACGCUCCUCCCCCGUCGACGUCAGCCUGCGGGGGAAUCCUAAUGUGCAUACGCGGCAAUGGCCAAAUGCGCAUUAGACCUCAUAGGAAAGCAUUAUUAAUGCUUUCCUAUGGGGAAAAUCUGAUGCUGGAGGUCCUUGAGGACGUCCAGUGUUCGAUAACGGACCAAGUGUCUGUUUGGACUCCGGAAGCGCCGCCAGUGGCUGUCUAGCAGACAGCCAUGGGGGGCAGACUUAGAGCUGCAUUGCAAAAGGGUCACUAAGUGCAAAAGGGUCACAGCACACAGAUCACUUAAAUAAGCUGAAAUGGUCUGAGUGCCUACAGUGUCACUUUAAUCCCUUAAGGACACGUGACAUGUCAUGACUCCCUUUUAUUCCAGAAGUUUGGUCCUUAAGGGGUUAAGCCAUUUGGAUUUCAGUUUGCAUCUGCUGUGAAUUUUUUUUUUUAUUUUUUUUUAAACAAAACCCUGCAAAACAUUCUGCUUUGGUUUCCCAUUCCUUUAACAUGCCCUUAAAUUCUGAGUUCACUUUUGGUCAAAAGUGUAAUUUAAUUUCUGUCAUUAUUCAGUACCAUUUCUUAUUCUCUCUUCACCUUUUUGCAGCUUAUAGCAGAGUGCCAGAAUGUCAAGCUCGAGAGACAGAGGGAGCCUUUGAAUGAGCAAGUCCUGCUUACCAUGGCUGAAAUGGGUUUGGACAAGGAACGUACUCUGCAGGUGAAAACUGGUCCUUUACACCUCCUCCACUUCCUUCAAAGGAACCCUCUCAUUGAAAUUUUUUUUAAUAUUUUUAAAUUCAGAUGUGUUCCUUAAAUUAAAAAAAGUCUGGUCCAGUCCGAUCCUUCUCUUAGAGAAGCAUUGGGACACAUGGUAAAUGCAUGACAGUCCAUGCUUCUCAAGACUCAUUUAAUUCAAUUUCUGAAAAAGGCAAUAAUUUACAUUGCCAUAGAAAAGGGGGACAGCAUCUAUGCACUGAAGCCACUUCAUUAAGAUGUAAUUUUUCCUAUUAGGAGAGUCCCUUUAACUUCUGUCUUCAAUUUUAUUGCUCUCAUGCCUCUUUUUGCUCCUCAAUAGUCUUUAAGAACGGACGCCUAUGAUCACUACAGCGCUAUCUACAGUUUACUUUGUGACCGUCUGAAACGUCAUAAGACUCUUCGCCUCCCAACCCCUCCUUGUAUACCUCGCCCAGUGUCCUUCCCAGUUCAGGUAAGGUUCAAGGCCAUCUCCAUCCUCUCCCACGUGGUGCUGGAAAUCCUAAUAUGCUGUCAAAUACCCAAAGUAUUUCUUACUUAAACUACACAGAACAAUUAUUACUCUGCUUCUGUCCCUACAAUAUCAAUCAUUGUGUUGUUCAGUUCAUGCUUUUGUUAGCAUCCCUUCCCCUGGAUACUUUACCCCAUGUAUAGUGACUGCAUGUGUCUCAUCCCUGUGCAGGUCGAAGACACUGGUAGUGCAGUAAGUAUGAAUGUUCCUCAAGUUCAACUCAUCAACCCUGAGAACCAGAUUGUUGAGGUGAGCAAAGGAGAUGUAGAUAGAUAAAUAAUGCAGUAACCGUUUUAUCGUUUGGAACACUCCAUUGACAUUAUUUUAUUUUUAAGAUUUUAGUAGAUUUACCCCCAAGGAAAGAAUAGAUGUAUUUUGUUUUGCAUGUUUUUAUUGGGAGUUAUAUGAAAAAAGGGCAACUUUUGCCCCGGCACAUACUUUCAGUCAGCACCGGGUAAUGCUCCUUUCAGAGGCUUCUCGUUGUUAAGCCUUUGUGGUGGAGCUGCACACACGCGUUCAUGGCUUUUCACAGCUUCUCAAUGAGCUAAUAGAAGUGGAAGAUAACCUUCAGGGAUGUUUCUGCCAUGGUGCCCCAUGAUAGAAAAGUUGACACAUUUUUGUGCCUGUUUUGGCAUUUUCUAGUCUGGUCUGGAAAUGCAAGUGUUUAUGCAAAGAUCUGUACAUCCUUAAUUAGCAUUCAUUUGUUUACAUAUUUUGAAUCUACAUCUUUUGCACUAAAUUUAGUCUUGUGCAUAUGAGUAACCUGCCAUGUUUAACCCUUUCCAUGCAGACUAAUGGCACUAUGAACUUGGAUAGCGAUGAAGGAGAAGAGCCUUCUCCAGAAGCUUUGGCUCGCUAUCUCUCCAUGAGGAGGCACACUGUGGGCGUGCCAGACACCCAGUAAGUUGCAAUCUGCAGGUCAGAUUGCGUAGUUAGAUUUUUGUACAAGUUGCUGAUUUUACUAUUUAUUCAUGUCACAGAGUAAUCACUAGAAGAGCAGAUUACCCGCUAAAUUAAUCUCUACACCUUGAAUGCUUUUUAACUAUACAGUCUACGAUCUUGUUUGAAUUUUAUUCCCAUGCAUCUUGGCAUUACAUUUUAAUAUUCCAUAUAUUACCUAAAUCUGGUGUGUGUGUGUGCGUGUGUGUGUGCGUGUGUGUGUGCGUGUGUGUGUGUGUGUGUGUGUGUGUGUGUGUGUGUAUAUAUAUAUAUAUAUAUAUAUAUAUAUAUAUAUAUAUAUAUAUAUAUAUUAUACAUACACACACACACCCACAAGAGCGUAUUUAAUGAACUCCAUUAAAUAACCCUAAAUAUGGUGGUUGGCAGAUCAAUAGAACUACAGGAAUUAACCCUGCACUCAAACUGCCACUACCCAUGGACAGCGAGGAUGGCUAUUUUUCAAAUGUAUUAACAAACCCAAACAUGUUACCUGGUCACCUUCCCUAACCCCCAUUUAUAUUUGGGAUAGGGUGCCCCCUCUCCCCAGUUUUUCUGAUUUUAAUCAUGUUUUCCUAACUUAGGCCCGAUUUAAUAAUAUUUUGCAAUGAUUUAAUAAGGCUAGGAAAACUUUAUAAAUUAUUUGUUUACAAAAGUUCCAUAAAAGUAAUGGUGAUUUCUACAGAUAAUCAACUGAAAGGUUUUUCUUCCGAUAUUGAAUCAUUUGGAAAGCUUUUAAUCUAGUAUUGAAUCAUUGAGUCUUUUGAAAUCCUUAUUAGAGAGAGGCCUGUGUUUUUAUUAUUCUACUGCAUUCGAGGAAUGAUUAUUUGACAUAGCCUAGCUUAGAUUAAUUUAGUCAUAAUUAUCCUAUGACUGACCAUAUGUUUUAUUUCAGCACUGAAGGGGGAGCUGAAGAGCUACAGAAGAUGAUUCCUGGGUUCCCAAGGAUCACUCCUCAGACUCCAUUCCUGCCAGUGACUCAGAAUGCCAAUGUUAUGCACACGUUGCUUCCCAUGCCAAACAUGCCACCCGGCUGCCAUCUCGAGUACAAGGUACAAACUAGCAUUCAGUGUUCGUCAAGGAUCAAUCAAAAUUGCUUAUAAGUACAUAGGAGUGCAGGAUAUUUGCCAUUAGAUUUGUGUUUUAAACCUAUUUAGCUUAUUUUUUCGAACUCGUAUAGUUGAAUAAACAUUAGAAAAUUUUAGGGAUGCAUCGAAAUGAAAAUUAUGGGCCAAAACCAUAAAUUCAGGAUGCCCUUGGCCGAAAACUGAAACCGAAAAUGAUUUUUUUUUUUUUCAAAUGAUUUAAAAAAAGUUUGUUUUUUUCUUAUAUAUUUUUAUUAAUUUUAGACCUUUUAAUGAAUUUAAUUUAAUAUGAAAAACCCCUGCUUAAUGUAACUCUCACCUCUCUAGUGUUUCUCUCCUCUCCCUCUUUUUUUUAGUGUUUUUUUCCCCCCUCCUCCCCAGUCUCAUAGUGUUCGGCCGAAAUUUCAGUGCAUCCCUAGAAAAUUUAGAGUUGCAGGAAUUCCAAUCAAUGUAAGGUGUUGGGCUCUAAUUUCAUUAAUCCAGUAUAUUCUGUCAGUAUCCUUGAGUGUAGUGCAAUAUGCACAAUUGAUUCAAUUCAUCUUUAUGAGGAGAUGCCGUUUGGCUUGUGCUGGCUCUGCUCCUGAUUUGCCUCAUUGACAGUCUCAGCCAAUCAUAUGGGAAAGCAUUGUGAUUGGCUCAGACAAUAACUUCUGAUGAUUUCAGCCAAGCAGGCAGAUCAGGGGCAGAGCCAGCAGCUGCAGACUUGAACAAAAGUAAGAUUUUACUAUAUUUAGGAGAGCCAUGGGGGCUAGAUGGUAGUUUUAACACUAUAGGGUCAAUAAUAAAUGGUUAUGUUCCUGACCCUAUAGUGUUUGUUUAAUGCAGGGCCACUAGAUUAUAUAAUUUAUCAUCUCUGGAGGCAGAAGAGAAAGGUUAGUUAUAAAAACAACACACACCUCCUGGUAUUUCAUAUGCAGCCAUUCUUGGCCUUAAAUUUGUACUCUUUUUCACUGCCUUGGUUCAUCUAGUCGUGCUAAACCAUUAUACUUAUAUUUUCAUUGUUUUUUUACUUUUUACAUAAUGAUCACUGGACACGUUUAAUGACCUAUCACUGGUACCUUCAUGGCAACUAUUGCAUUUUGACUUUGCUGCCACCCAGUGGCUCUUGUUUUCUUUUCUCUGCUCCAUAUGUUUGCUAUGACAUGCUGGUGUUUUUUCUGAAGAAUACACCACUUGCCUAAUGAUAUUAAGGAUGCUUAUUACAAGACAAUGUCUUCCUUAACACUGAAUGUGUUAAUUGGUGCUUCUCGCCCUGUGUUUUUAGUAGUGCUUUUCUUUUUCUACAUUGGUUCCAGCUCAAUUUACAUGCCUCCAUUUUGCAUAAUAUUUUGCCAACUGCUAGUAUUUCUCUUCCCAACAGACCACCAUCUUUCCUUCCAUGUUUUUAAAGACAGGUUUAACGCAGUUGUCCCACUGUGGGUUUUGUCUUCCAUUCUUACUAACUGACAAUAUAUUCCUGUAUAGAAGCCUUGCAUUUGCAGAUCUAACGGCAUCCCCAGCACACGAGACAUUGUCUGCCUUGAACAGAUAUCUGGGCUGCCAAUGUGAAUUCUCUGCAUAUUUUGCAGGUUCCAGCAUUGGACAGCCCUGCCUUAGACUGUGUCCUUUACAAGGAUCAUCUUAUUACACUUUUCUAUAAAUCCUGCUAGUGCUCUUUAAAAAAAACCAAAAACCCGGUAGGGUCGAAACGUGAUUUAUUUGCUGUAUGUAACUUUUUUUGACUAAAUCACAUCGUACAAUUUAAAGACCUGUGAGUGACUAGGAGCUUUCAUACAAUGUGCCAAAUAAAUGUAGUAAAAUUAGUAUAGCCUGUCCUUACAGGGUUUUUAAUGUGAACACUGCCUUUUCGUAGAAACAUUUCUGCCUAAUGACCCCUCUAGUGGCCGUCACUCAGACGGUCACAAGACCUGCUUCCUUGGUCACUGAUGCACAAUGUGCAGCACUUUUAGUGGCUACGUGGUGUGCAUGGAGGUGCUGAACGUUAGUCAUAGAGAAUCAUUUGGCUGGGCUAGUCACGUUUGAACUCCGCCAAGGAGGUGACGCAGGGGCGGAAAUUCCUGACACUAUAGUGUGCCUUUAAGUAACUCCAGUACAUUUCUGGUGACUAGUUCACUUUAAAUAAAAAUGUAAUUGUCAUAGUGAAGGUUCGUUUCAGAAUGGAAAAGAAUCGCUGAGUAAGAAUGUUAAAACCACACAGUUGCAAUACGUUUAACUGCCAUACAUCUAAGUCUCAGGGGUUUCUUGUAGUUUUUAUUUUAUUAUAUUAUAUUGGGUUACCUGAAUCGGAAAACCCACGAUUUCUCAUAUCUGUAGGCAUAUAUUUGCUAUUCAGUUUGGAUUCGAGCUUUUGCAGUGUUAUACAGUCCUAUCUAUUUAUUGUGUAGGAUAAGUUUUAUUGCAAUCCCUGCAAUGAUUCUGUCAACAUUUUCUUUACUUCCUCUUACCCUAAACUAUAUACAAACUUUCCCAGGGAUCAUAACUGUUGAUCCACGUCAUCACUGUGACUCUAGAGCUGCUAAAAUAUACUUAAUGCGUUGUUUUCUUUUUUUAUUUUAUUUAAAUUUUUAUACCUAGCUCUAACCAGUCUUACUCAUUUUAUGUUUUCCUCAGGAGCAGUCUCUUCUUCAGCCACCAACGCUACAGCUUUUGAAUGGGAUGGGUCCACUUGGUCGCCGAGCAUCAGAUGGAGGCGCUAACAUACAGUUACAUGCUCAACAGCUUUUGAAAAGGCCACGUGGACCAUCUCCCUUGGUCACUAUGACAACUGUGAGUGUCUGCUCACCACCAAGCCAAUGCUGUCUUGUUUUCCAAUGUAUCCCUUCUCAUGAUUUUAGACUAUACCAUCUUUAUGUGGCAUGUAUGACACUUAAGGUUUUUUUUUUUUUUUUAGAAUAUUCCAGGAAAAAGUUACAUAUGAUCAGUAGUGUGGUAAAAAUUGCAAAUAACUUAUGCAAAAUAUUUGUAUGAAAGCCCUUUAUUUAGGUAAAUGUUAUGUGACCUUGGAAGCAAAGUCCUUGCAGAUUGGGAAAAGCGAUUCGGCUGAAGAUAGAUAAUGACCCUGCAGUUUCACUGCUCAAUUCUGUCAUUUAGAAGUUAAAUAACUUUGUUUAUGCAGCCAUAGGUACAGCUCCCUGCAUGUGACUUACACACCCUUCCUAAAUGCUUCCUGUAAAGAGUCAUCUAAUGUUUGUACUUCCUUUAUUGCAAUUUCUGUUUAAUUUAGAAAAUCUACUGCUGUUAAUAGCUUGCUCUACCCUGCAGGAGCCUGCUGUAUGUAAUUUAAGUUGAAUUUGCAGAGCAGGAAACAAAAACUUACAUCUGUUACAUCUUACAUCUGAUUGAAAGUGAAACCAUUUUUUAUUCAUGCAGGCUUUGUCAGUCACUGCCAGUUGAAGUGCUGGAGCUGUAUAAGCAAAAGUGAUUUAACUACUAAAUGGCAGUGAAUUGAGCAGUGAGACUUCAGAGGCAUGAUCUGUACACAAAAACUGCUUCAUUAAGCUAAAGUUGUUUUGAUGACUAUAGUGUCCCUUUAACGCUUGUACUCACACAAUUAAAAAAUUACCUUUUCUUUAAUACCGAAGAGUAUGUAUUCCUUGAUCUUUUGUUGAAUAUAGAUAUGUUAUAAAAUAAAGGCUAGGAUUGGUUGAUUUUAGCCGUUUAAUUUUUAGGGUCUGAAAAGCAAGGACUCUUGAGUGUUUGACUGCACUUUAGGUAAAUAAUAAUGAAGGCAGGCGCAUUUAGGGAAACAGGGAUGGAAUGUACAUUAUAUAUUCAUAUCUAGCCUAAUAUAUAAUGACAAGCACUCCUUUGUACUGGGUGCAGAGGAGUGACAUAACAUAUGUGUGGUGAGUGGGCACUCACUGACAUUGUAAAUAUGAAUGGUGGCACAAUAAAUGCCCCAACCAAAAAUGAAUGUAAUGUUUAUCAAAAGGAGUGUGAUAGCGUAGGAAAGCCCAUCCACCAUCCCCAUAAGUAUAUCCACAUCUCAACACGUGAUUAAUUGUUAACCCCCACACCUACAUCACCUAUGUGAGAAUAUGGGGAACACACAACGGAUGCUGCUCCCAUGCUAAUUGAUAAUACAUGGUCCGUCAGGGAUAUCACCGAGCAUGAUGUCCUCUAGAUGAGGGUUCCCAUGGACCGCUGGUUUUUGUAAUUGCUUACAACCCAGGGGAUAAUAAAAUGUGUAUGGACAGACUCUGCUGGCCGCUUUAUUAGCCCUGACAUCACCAAGCCCCAGGUAUUAGCAGGAAUAUCUUGGUUACUUGGGAGUUUAGUUUCUUCAGUUCUUUAUUUCCUUGGGAUUUCUUCAAUUCUAGUUGAGUCACUAGCUAAAACGGGCAAAUUCGAAUCUCCAAAUGGUUUCUAGAGGAAACGAUGAAAUCCUAAAUUAGUGUUGUUGGACAUUCUUUAGCCUUGUUAGUUUAGCAGACAUCAAAUUUCCACAUAUGGGGUUAAUCUCCGAGAUCCCCUCACAUUUGGAAAAUCAAGUUACCUUCUUGUUUUACUGUUUGGAGGUUAGUGUCUUACUAAAUGCACACUUACUCUAUCUAUGGGGGUGUCUUUGGAUGACUAUUGAUAUAAUAAUGCUCAAUAGACAACAAAAACUCCUCACAACACUAUAAUAGCUGAGUAAAUCUAAUACAAAAAAAAGAUAUAAAACAUAGAAUAAUAUAUUGUCGGUGAUUGAGAGAUAAAUAGAUAUUGGUGGUUUAUUUACAGUUUUCCUGGUAACAGAAUCUUCUUUCUAUCUGUAGAAAAUAUUGAUCUUUCUUAGAAUUAACAAACUGGAUAGUUUAUGCUGAUAGUAUCAAAAUAUAGUAGCUCUUGCGUGACUAUCACCUUGUUUAAAGUGGCCCUGUAACCUGAAACUUUCUUUCCAUAAAUGAAUAUAACAAAGUUUCUUGAUUCACACAGUCUUACAGCAGACAUUUCCCAUAAUGCAGCAUUUUAUUUAAAUACAUUUUUAAUCAAUAUAAAUUUGAUUCCAAAUAGAAACUUUUGAUGAAAUCCAUUUGUCCAACCUUAGUGUAACGCUUAUUUUUUUCUAAACUAUGCAGAAACACCUUAUCAUUCACAUAAUAUGGCAUUUGUGUGCUCUGGUUAAUUCUGUUUGGUAACCAUGCUUUGACAAUUACUUUUCUACCGUAGGCUGUACCUGCUGUUACCCCAGUAGAUGAGGAGAGUUCAGAUGGGGAGCCUGAUCAGGAGGCUGUGCAGAGGUGAGUGCAUUUCACACACUUUUGACCAUUAUUCUUUGUAGCCAACUGUGUACAGAAUAAGGCUCCCUCAACAUAAAUGCCUCAAAUGAAAACAUUUAUUUAUGUAGUCAAAUCUUCUUAUGUUCUUGCAUGUAAAUAAGCGAAUACAUCUACAUUGUCUUUGUGAACAAUAAUACAAGCUCUUACCUGUUUACAGUCUGUCUCAAGCAAAGCCUGGGUGGGACCUGCAGGUACAUGUAGAACUGGGACUUGUUCUGUAGAACUAUAAUAAAUCCCUGGAUGGAGACAAUGCUGUUCUUGAACACUUGGUGGCGCUGGGGUAUUGUUUUUGAUGUGAUGUUGGGAAAGAGGAUCACAAAAUAAUGGGCAUAGAUAUCCUUCCAAAGGCUGUUCGUUUUAUUUGAAAAACGGUUGCAUACUAGCUUUCAUCUCACAAAAUGUUACAUCUUUCUUUUGGAGUAAGUUUCCGUACAGUACACUGUGGCAUUGGUAAUACACGCUUACAUGCUCAUUGUGAUAAAUAAAAACUGACUGCUUGCGUGGUGCAACGCCAUUUGGUUUUUAUUUAGCUGUGCUCUAAUAUAACAUUGAAUGUGUGUAUCUAUUGUAACAUCUAGAAAUAUGUAUUGUUUCAGAUAUCUUGCCAAUCGCAGCAAGAGGCACACAUUGGCAAUGACUAGUCCGUCUGCAGAGAUCCCUGCUGAUCUUCAGCGUCAACUGGGACAGCAACAAUCCUUUCGAAAUAGAGCUUGGCCUCCCCACCUUGCAGCUGACCCCCACCGGUGAGCACAUGUUACAUGUGUCUGCUGUACAGCACACGUCUAAUAUGUUUUUUCCUUGCCAUAAAAAUACAAAAUGUCCUUUGUGUUCCCGGAAGGAUCUGACCAAAGGUGCCAUGUCGACCUUUGACCACUGAAUGCACACGGCAGCAAGUAAACUUUGUAUGCCUGCUACCAAUUGCCACGCUGGAGAAAACACACACACACACACUGUUUAUAUAGAAAAGAAAUUGCUACAUAUCCUAGAAACCAUACUGAUCUGAUCUAGGACACUUGUAGGAUGUAUAAGAGAAUAAAUAGUUGCAGCGCACUCAGACUACAAAAAAUAUAAUACAAAGAAGGCUACUAAAAUGUCUAUCUGAGAAUAAAUAUGGGGAUUUAGUUCCACCAUAUGGCCAUAUGUUGUUAAGCCCUCCACUACUUUCAAAGUACCCCAAUAUUGGUGGGUCCUACACUAAAAAUGUGGGGGACAAAUUAAAUAGUGUUAAAUACAAGUGUUAAAUUAAAUCCUGAUAAGAGCAUAGUGAGUAUACCAAAAUAAGUGAUGAAAGCAACAAAAAAAAGUGUUAAAACUAAACAAAUAAUGUGUUAGUGCUAAAAUGAAGUGGUCUGGGUGCCAUUCAUAAUGCUUUCCUAUGGACGCUGGCGUCUUCUCACUGUGAUUUUCACAGUGAGAAGCACGCAAGCGCCUCUAGCGGCUGUCAAUGAGACAGCCACUAGAGGCUUUAGAGGCUGGAUUAACCCUAUUAUAAACAUAGCAGUUUCUCUGAAACUGCUAUGUUUAUAAAAAAAAAAAGGGUUAAUCCUAGAGGGACCUGGCACCCAGACCACUUCAUUAAGCUGAAGUGGUCUGAGUGCCUAGAGUGGUCCUUUAAUAAGGGUUGCCAAAAUACAGAAAAAAAAUCAUACCAGCUUGCUGUGUAUUUCUUUUCGUUUGAGCUAAUUUGAAUUUGCUGAAAUUAAAAUUAUCGUCUGUGUCCAGGAAAUACACAGAGGAAACUAAACAAAUGUUAAAUCCAUACUUCUAGGGGAAGUAAUGUCAUUUAUCAGCAUUCCACCUUCAAACUGAUCUGAAGCCCCUCAAUCCUUUGUGCAACUAGGUUACUAGGGAAUUUUAAAGGACCAGCACAGUUUUUUAUUAUUUUGAUAAAUGGCUUGAAAUUUCAUGGAAUUAUAUAACUAUAUAAUAACGUAUUGUAAGAAGGGGAAAAACAAACUAAAAACUGGUAAAAUCCAGGCACCGUAACAUGCUAUGAUGCUGGGUUAUAAGUCACUGACCUGCCCUUGUCUCCAUUUUACCUGUUAUUUAUUACUCCACAAUAUGGUAUAAGUAUAUAGCAUAUACUCAAAUACAGUAAAAAAAAAUGUAAUAUUUUUAUAAUUUUUAUAUAUAUAUAUAUAUAUAUAUAUAUAUAUAUAUAUAUAUAUAUAUAUAUAUAUAUAUAUAUAUAUAUAUAUAUAUAUAUAUAUUUUUUUUUUUUAUACACGGCUCUACAAAUCCCAGGUCGCCAUGGUGACAAGGAUUUUACUCCUUGCACCUGAGAUUUGUUCGCCCAUUCAGGCUGAGGUGGUCAGCCGCCUAUGAGUGGAGGCGGCCAGCUCAUAAAGACCAUGGGCAUGCGGUCGGUCGGCCAGCCAUCUGAUAGAGAGCAUGGGCUGUGCGCUUGGGCAUGAGGCUCCUGGAGGAUUGAGACAGACGGUCAGGUGCGCAAGAAAGUUGUAACCUCCCUCCCUGCUCUGCUCCCUCGUGCAUCCUUCAGUGAUGUCGGGAAGCCGGAAUAUGACGUCAUUCUCGCCCCAGCAUCACUAAACAGCGCUCUAUGGAGAUGACUGAAGCCCCACUGGAUCCGAGGGAAAGUCAAACAACUCCGACUCCAGUUAGGGAGGCUGGGUGGUCACCUUAAUGUGUGUUGUUAUUGCAUUUACAGUUUGUGUGUGUGUCUAUGAGUGAGUGUAUGUGUUUAGGUGACUGGUCCCCCUUCAAUCACACGUGUAAGGAGUUUUUACUCCCCAUUUUUACCCUCACGCUGUACUUGAUGAUCUCAGCCAAUCCAAUGCUUUCCCAUAGGAAAGCAUUGGGAGGCUAUUGCGCAUAUGUGGCAAAAGGCCAUGCUGCGCCAAUCAGCAUUUCCUUAUAUAGAGGAAUUGAAUGAAUGCAUCUUUAUGGGAAACAUUCAGCAUAUCCUUGCAGAGCGUGGUGACGCUAAACGUAGGUACUGCAUACUGUGCCGAACUAACCCAGGAUGCAUUCUAGAGGCUGUGUGAGUGACUUUCACUAGAAGUGUUACUAGGCAACAAUGUAAAUACUGCCUUUUCUUUGAAAAGGCAGGGUUUACAUUGAAAAGUGUGGAGGGACAGGUUGUAGACACGCAAACUACUACAUUACGCUGCAGUGGUUCUGGUGACUAUAGUGUCCCUUUAAGAAUUGUAUUUUUGAUUUUGAAAAACCUGGCUCCUAGAUUUAACGCAAAUUUGUCAAGCCCUGUAUUUACACUGUUUUUAAUUUAUUUUUGUAUAAUUUAUGUAAUGUUAAAAAUAGGAGUUCUCUCCAGUCUGAAUCAUACUUCUACAUUUCUUUAAAAGAUAAAAAAAAACAAAAAACCAGAAACUCUCCUCUGGAUACAGAUGUUCUGGUUCUGCAGAAAUCAAGAAUUGGCUGAUUUUCUCAUAAUUUACCUUUAACCUUUAUUGACUAUAAUAAAGGGCUGUAGUUGCCACCUUGAUAGUAUCCAAUAUUAUUUAGUUUUGUGCCAAAAGGUUUCACAACUCCAGAAAGGUUCAUUUAAUCUAUAUGUAAGUACUAGUCCCUAUGCAUAGUGCCCCAAUAUAGUCACUAGGGGACUCAAUCGUCAUUAGGCUGUAGUAAAAAAACAUGCACUAGAUAGAACAAGUGUCAGACGGAAGUACAAAAAUAAGUGAACAAUCUGCAUCUGUUUGUGUUUCGACACUUCUUAUAUGUUUGAGUUCUGGCAGAUAAGUAGGGAGUAGGGAUACUGUGUGCUUGUUACAGCCUGUUGGACAGGGCCUUCUGUUAUUCUACAAACGGAGCACAACCCCCUACUGAUGAGGUGUAUAAAACGUAUUUCCACAAAAUUAAACACUAUUGGGUACUAUGUAGGUGGCAACUAAAGCCCUUUAAAUACAUUCAAAUAAAGGUUAUUUUUUCCUCUUUGUAAAUCCCCACCUUUUUGAUCUUGAUUUUCUCACAUUGAAAGGCUAAAACACUUGAUUGAGUGGACAACCAGAUUCGACUCUAGGAACUCUUUCCUUUUAUGUUGUGUUCUCCCUGGUAAAUGAAACCAUUCUGUAGUUUUUAUGAUUUGUCUAGAAAACUCCUACUUGGAGUGCUUCCUCUUUUGCAGUAGAUGUGUGAUGUCACUUGACGUUCAGCCUAAUGUGAUUCACCUUUGCAGCUGCAGUUAUAAUAAAUAUAUUCUCUUAUGGUGUUUUUAUAAUUUUGUUCUGUGCAAUUGUGUAGAUGUGAUUGCUUAUCGUUGCCUUAUAUGUGGUAUGUCAUUUGUCUUCAAUCCUCAAAUAUAUCCAUCGAACACAGUUUAUUCAUCGACUGUUUCUUCCCAUUUUCUACAUUCUUCUCUUUUAAGAUCCAUGUAUAAAGACUCAAAUACCCUUCAUCUUCCUGCUGAGCGUUUCUCUCCCGUGCGCAGGUUCUCUGACGGUGCUGCCACAAUACAAGCUUUCAAAGCUCACCUGGAGAAAAUGGGCAACCAUAACAGCAGCAUCAAACAGUUACAGCAGGUAACUCGAAGCCCCCAAGCCUUUAGAUCUCAGAUUCAUAUCUAGUAUUAUGUUUAUUUACCAGCGCUUACAAAUCAACAUCCUUUAAAAAUAACAUAAAAGUCUGUUUUAUAACAUCCAUUCCAAAUAUUUUAAAGGAUUGCUCAUUGAGGCCUUUAUUUAAUACGCUUUGAAAAUAAUGUUUAAUGCUGUUAGAGAAACGUUACAAAUAAUUUAUCUAACAGAAGUCCCUAGUAAAUCCUAUGGAAUUCUUUGUAAAUUAAUCAUUUGGAAAGCUUAUUAAAUAAAAGCUGGUAUUUGCCAGUAAAUGAGCAGGGAAUUGUAACGUUAUAUAAUAGAAGGGGAAAAAAAAUCGACCCAUUUUUCCAGGUCUAAAUUUUGAUCUAGAGAUUGCAAUUCCUUGAUUAGUUACCAAUUUAUUUUUUGGUGGUUUACUGAAUUGCUCUGCUGUUGAAUUGUAUCAUUUUAAUGAAUAACCCGCUUUAGAAAGCCCCCUAGAAGAGUCUUCCUCUGAUUUCGCCUAUUUUUCAGACUUCUCAAAAUGUGGAUACGGUUCUAUAAUUCGCAAAUAGUAUAUCACGUGAGAUUUGUCAAACUGAAUCUAGAGUUUAUACACCUAUCGAAAACCAAAUGAAAUAAAAUUUGCCUUAAAGUAUUGGCAAUCUAUCCCGUUCCUUGCUAGCUCACUUUGUGUUUUUGUCUUUAACUUGUAAACCUUAUUGUUACUUUAAUGUAACAUUUGAUCACAUAAAGUCCUAUUCAAUAUAAGUGCAUCAUUUAAAAAAAAAAAAAAAAAUUAAAUUUUUUUUUUUUUUUUUACUUCUUGUGAUUUGAUUAUAUUGGAAGCUCCCUCCAGGAAAGUAGAAUUCCUGCCCAGAUGCUGUGUGCUUACUCAAAUAAUAAAGGGAGCUUCUGAAAAACCAUGUGAAACUCGUCACUUUGUCUUAAUACUGUAUAUGGAAGACACUGGAUGUCUGUCUAACUUCUCUUUGGAACAGUAGCUAUCUUGCUUGCUUUUUCUCCAAUGCAGGCUAGUAAUCCCACAAGUGAUUUAUAUUGGUGAUGGGAUUGUAGUUUAGUCAGUGGCUACUUGUUCACCCCUUGUAGGAAGGUGCAAGUAAGCAUCUAAUUUAUCAUGUGUAACAAUGUUUGUUUGCCAUAUUGAGAAAGAUAAUCUCGUCUUUUCACAGGAGUGUGAGCAGCUGCAGAAAAUGUAUGGUAUACAUAUGGAUGAGAGGACACUGGAACAUACACAGCAGCAGCACAUUAUGUAUCAGCAAGAACAUCAGCAGCACUUUCUGCAGCAGCAUCUCCAGGUACGAGAGAGUCCAUGAAAUCCUUACCGGGGGAUCCAUUUACUACAGCUGGUAGACUAUGCUUUCACGGCUCAUUAUUUGACUUCUGUCCCUUUUUAUAACAUGCCAUAAAGGGAUCUUCAGCAUCUUCAGUUUUCAAACCUUUGUUUAUAUUGCCAAUUUAGGAAUUACGCAUUAGUCUAUAGAUCAGUGAUGGCUAACCUUGACACAAAUUGUUUCUGGACUACAUUACCCAUGGUGCUCAGAUAGCUUGUAUACUCUUAAAGUUAGCUGAGCAUCAUGGGAAAUGUAGUCCAGAAAUAAUUCAUGGUGUCAAGGUUAGCCAUCACUGCUAUAGAUCAUGGGAGGAAUCCUACUGGUUUGCAUUGUAAACACAAAUGUGUGAAGUGUUCCCUUCUUGUCUUUGCUUAGGACUGUAUCUGCCCCCCACAGCCGUCACCCCCUCUACAGACCUCAACCGUGGCACCAGCCUGUGAAAAUCAGCCAGCUCUGCUUACCCACCAGCUUCAGAGGUAUUGUCUUUGUCUGUGGUGUGUUUCCCCAUUGGUGUAAGACCUAAACAAAUUCCAGACCUGGAGUGUAGUGAACUGAAAGAUAGGAGAAAGCACUAGCACUCCAAAUCGUCCCCACCCAAGAUGCUACUUUUUCAUAAGCUACACACAUUAUAUGCUAGUUGCUAUUGAAGCCUAAAAUGCUUGAUGUAUCUAACUGUUAAUUUGUAAAUGGUGUAUAAAGAGAGCAAGCCACACAUCUGAUAAUGUGUAAAUGUACUUAUCUCAUAUUUUUCAACUCCAAGGGCUUUUUAGAAAGCAGUGUACCUUGAAAUGCCAUAAGGUUACUUAUUUGACUGUGCGUCUGUUUUUUUACACCUACUUAGUGCAACACCACCUACUUGUUGUCUGUUAUUUCGUUACUUUAAUAUUAUAAAUACCCCUAACCUCAGUCUGUACCCCAUAUCAUUAUAUUGUCCUAUGUCUACUCAUGAACAGGCUCAAAUAAAUGUUUAUGCAGAGAUUGUUUUAUUUCUAUAUUUAUUUUUAAAAGGUUAACCCCUUAACGCCGUUACUGCGUUCUAUGCUGUCCCGCAUUAAAUGGGCUUUAAAGCCGUUGCGGCAGCAUAAAACGCAGGAGCCUGCAACUACUCACCUCCGCCGCAGUUCUCUUCUGGAGGGCUGCCUGACAGCCCAGGCAGCCUUUCCAUAACAAAUGAGGCCCCGGGGGACCAUGUGAUCGCUCUCAAAGAGCGAUCACAUGGCCCCCUAUAGCUGGCUGUAGAUCUGCCAGCAGGGGGACUGUCUGAAAUGUCACAGUCCCCCUGCUGGUGGGAAAGUAAAAAAAAUAAACAUGUUUUAAAAUAAAAUGUAUUUUUAUAUAUAUAUAUAAGUACAGAUAUUAGUAUUAAAAUACACUUAUAAUGAGGUUAUAUAUAUAAUAUAUAUAUAUAUAAUACAUCUAUAUACAUUUUAUAUAACACACACACACACACGUAUAAUUACAAUAAUAAAUAAAAUUAAAUAAAAUAUUUUAAAAAAAAAGUAAAUAAAUUAUAUAUAUAUAUAUAUACAUAUGUAAUUUCAAUCUAACUGUAUUUUUUUAUCAAUAAAUCUAUAUAUUGGUAACAAAGUACACUUAGAAUGACAUUCUAUAUCUAUAUAUAAAAUAAAAAUAACACAGAUAAAUAUGUAUAAUUAUAUAAUAUAUAUAAUUACAUAAAUAACUACAUAAGUGUAAAAAGUAAUAUUUUAACAUAAUUAUGUGAUUUAAAGGACCACUAUAGUGCCAGGAAAACAUACUCGUACCCCCUCCCGCCCGGCUCUGGAAAGGGGUAAAAACUUACCUUUUUCCAGCACCGGGCGGGGAGCUCUCCUCCUCCGAUCCUCCUCUUCUCCUUCCCGUCAGCUGAAUGCGCACGCGCGGCAAGAGCUGUGCGCACAUUCAGCCGGUCACAUUGGAAAGCAUUAUCAAUGCUUUCCUAUGGACGCUUGCGUGCUCUCACUGUGAUUUUCACAGUGAGAAGCACGCAAGCGCCUCUAGCGGCUGUCAAUGAGAAGGCUUAACCCAUUCAUAAACAUAGCAGUUUCUCUGAAACUAUGUUUAUAAAAGAAUGGGUUAAGCCUAGCUGGACCUGGCACCCAGACCACUUCAUUAAGCUGAAGUGGUCUGGGUGCCUAGAGUGGUCCUUUAAUUAGUUAAAAUUUGAUUGACAUGCCUGACAACCCAGGCAAAAAGUGCAGAGAAUUUGAAUUGCAAGCACUAUAUAUAACCCUGUAACUUUCCAAGACAUCAUAAAACCUGUACAUGGGGGGUACUGUUUUACUCAGGAGACUUCGCUGAACACAAAUAUUAGUGUUUCAAAAUGGUAACUUGUAUUACAAUAAUGAUAUUUUUAGUAAAAGUGAAGUUUUUUGCAUUUUUCACACAUGAACGGCACUUUUACUGACGAUAUUAUAGUUGUAAUACAAGUUACCAUUUUGGGGAGGGGGGUUACAAGUUGCACUCACAAACUUUUCUGAAUCCAAAUAUGUGCUUUUUUUUUGCAGUAAAAGCUAUCAGUAUUAUGACCUUUACAGCUAAAAUGUGAGGCGGAACUACAAAUUAUUUAAAAAAAAAAUUUAUUUCUCAGUUUUUUGAUUUUAUUCUUAAUAAAUUGUUUCAUUUAUAAAUAUUUGAUAUGAAAUGAAAGCCCUGUUUCUCCUGAACAAAAUGAUAUAUAAUAAGUGUGGGUGCACUUUAUAUGAAAGAGGUGAAUUACGGUUGAACAGAUGCAAAUUCCAGUUUUUGUUUACAUUUUGUUUUGAUCAGAACGUGUACUAUUGACUCUGUCCUGAAGGGGUUAAUGCCCAUUAUGUUCAUAGCUUGUUCUUGUCUUUUUAGGUUGCGAAUUCAGCCUUCCAGUCCUCCCCCAAAUCCAACCAGCAAUCACCUUUUUAGGCAGCCAAACAGCAGCCCUCCACCGUCCUCCAGUGCCAUGCUCCAGACUCAUGGUAUGUUCCGUGUGCACUCUAUCUCUAUUUCAUAUCUGUGUAUAUGUAUAUGCGUGUUUUUUUUUUUUUUUUAAUCUAUAUAUAUUUAUUUCUAAUUUUUACCAGGGGCCUCAACUUCUACUCCAUAUCAGGGGAUGCCUCCUCACAGUGCUAUCUAUCAGCCUUCUAGCAGUGGCUCUCCCCCUCCAAACAUGCCACUGCCUCGGAUGAAUAUCCAGCCGCAGAGCCAACAGUCUGCACAGCAAGUUACCAUCCAAGUUCAGGAGCCAUCAGAUAUGCCAGGAUCCUCCCGGGGUGUGCCAAUCAAUCCUUGUGCCAACCAUAUACAGAUGCAGCAGCGAGCUACGUUCAUGGCAUCUUUGGGCUGUUACAGUCACAGACCCUUGUCCAAGCAGCUGAGUGCAGACAGUGCUGAAGUGCACAGGUACGUAGAGGGCUUUGCUGUAGUUGUACAAAGCUAUAUAUUUGGCAAAGGCGAAAAGUUUAGCAAUUGGUUGUGGAAGAGAUUAUAAGAGCAGCUUCAUUAAAACGUGGACGUUCAGUCACUGUUGAUUAAAAAAGAAUUGUCUCAAAAUUUUUGUAUUGUCCGGUGCGCAAUGUAUUGCUGUAUCCAUUAACAUUAACACAGUAUCUCCGUUUAGUGCAAAAUGCUAUUCCAUAAUUCCAGAGCCUGCUUAAGCGUUAGAAGUACAUCACACAUUCAUAAUUAAAAUACAAUUUUUGGGGCGCGACCUGGCUUAAAACAUGUUGUUAAAAUUGUGCUCAUAACAGCUGCCUAAUUUGCUGUUAAAGGGACAUUCCACACACCUAAAGCACCUCAGUGCUUUAUAUUUGAGGUGUAUCUCCCCUUUAUUGCAGCUUUUAAAAGUGCUGACUUUUUUUUCCCAGAAUCGGCACUUUUGUAACUAAUUUUACAAACACCUUACCUGCCUUAUCCCACAGAUCCCAUUUUAGCCCUGUCUGCUGACUCCCUUGCUUUCAGUGUGGAGAACUUGGGCUGAAAGCCUGUACACACUCGCCCCAGAUCAUUAAUUGUGGGUUUAUCUACUAAAAUGUUAAAUAAAAAUGCAGUUGUGGGGUAAAAGGUCCACAAGGGCAGUAGUCAGCAGGAAUUUUAUUAUAGUAUUUUAGGAUGAUUUUACCACUUGUAUAUCCUUUGUCACUUACCCUUAGGGGGAUACUGCAGGCACCAUAAGUGCUUCAUCGCAUUUAAGUGGUUAUAGUGUCUAGUCUACCAUUUUUAAUGUUAAUCAAGAGUCCUCAGAAACUGAUCUCCUCUGUGCUGUUAGGGAUGACAGGGUGACUAAAUAUUUAUUUAGAUUUUUUUUUCUUUUUUUAUUUAAAUCUGACUAUUUUGAUUUACAUCGGACUUCUUUUAAUAAAAUUAUUUUGAAUUAAAAAUCUGUCUGGAGACAGCCUUCUAUUUUAGAUAGAUUAUAGUUGAAAGGUUAUUCAGCAUGUAGCAUUAGACUGUAUAUUCAUGGAAUAUUUACAUUCUAGGUAAAUGAAUUCCAUUAGUCCAAGUUCAUUGAACUUAUGCCUGCAGAGAUAACUUAGAGCUGCAUUGAAUCCAUGCAUCUCUAUGAGGAAAAUUCAGUGUUUCUGUGCAAAUGGUGGAAACACUGAAAGUGUGCAGCACUUCACCAAGAAGCACCUCUUGCAGCCAUCUGAGGAGUGGCUAGUGGAGGUAUCCCCAGGCUGUAAUGUAAACACUGCAUUUUCUCUAAAAAGACUGUUAAAAAUAAAACAACAAAGCUAUUUGAAGGUUUUCCUAUUUGCCCCAAAAAGGGGAAACAAUCCGUCUUGACUCCAUAAUGGCAAUCGGAUUUUUAAUUGGAACAACAACUUGUUCACACACACACAUUAAUUAUAUCCUUACAUAGUCUGCUUUUGCAAAAAAUAUCUUUGAAAUCCAGGUUAUAUUUCCUUUGAAUUCCUAACACUUCACACUUUGUUCAGUAACCUUGCAUAUCAUGGACUGUCUUUAAGUACACUACAGGCACAGAACAGUUGGAAUGUAACCGUUAGUACAGAGAGUGUGUGUUAACAGUUAAAAGUGCUUUUGUCCCAACAAGUUAACACUAUUUUUCUUUUCCUCACCAAUUCCAAUUACUCUUGCCAUGAUUUUUCAGUCUGAACGUGGGCCGCUUCUCCCCUUCCACAAACUAUGACCAGACCCACCUCCACCCUCACGUAUUCCCAGAUCAGCCUCGGCCUCCUCCUGUCGGGUACACUUCCACAGCAAGCACAGGAUACAAUACUUCUGGUGGCACAGGGUACCAGCAGGUCAUGAAGGUACCUCAAAUGGAGCAGUAUCCUGGUUUCCCUGCCACCCCCCAGCAGAACUACAAUCCCUCAAGUCUGCAACAGGCUUUACUAUCCCCCACCCCUGCCACCUAUACCAGGCAUCACCAGCAGUUGCCUCACAUGUUACAGGGUCUACUCUCCCCUCGUCAUUCUCUGACUGGCCAUGGAGAUGUACGCCUGCCCCCUGCUGACUUCAUGCAGCUUCUCAAACAGCACCAGCAACAGCAGCAAGAGUUGAAUGAACUUUUUAACCAGCACCUGAGCCAGGGUGAUGCUGGGAACAUUUCCUACCAGAGCUCACCUGAGCCCUACCACCACCUUCUUCAAAUCCGAGCACAGGAAUGUAUCCAUCCAGUUCCAACUGUUCCCUCAUCAUCCAGGUACCACCCAGCCAUGCUGCACUCCGAGAGCAUGGAGGAGGACAACUCUGGAGAUGGACAUGGGGAGGGCGAGGGAGAGACUGUCAGACCCCUGGUGAAGCCCUGCCAGGAGACUGGACAUGGAGAUACAGAAUCUAUGUUGGGGACAAUGACAAUUAGGGAGCAGGAGCUGGGUACACAGCAGUACCAGUCGCAGACCUACAGCCGGACCAAGCCUACCAGCAGAGGUAAGAUUUGCACAUUGUAGAAAGAGAAAAUGGUUUUAGAGACCGUUCUACCUGAUUGCUAUAGAAUAUGGCUUGGUAUUCUAGAUAUCUGUCAAAAUCACACCUACACAUUUUAAAAACUUUUACAUCCCAGGAUUUCCUUUUCUUUAUAUGCUUGUUAACCAAAGUGGUGAUAUUCAAUGUUUUAUUCAAUAGUGUAAUUUCCAGAGAAUUGACCGUUUCCCUUUAAAUUCUUUUGGCUUGAAAAUAAUCCGUGAUCAUUGGAGUUCAGGGCAUAGGACAGUAUCUGUAAUAAGGUGCUGAAUUAAACAGGUGAAACGGCAGUCUGCUAGCGCUAAUGCAAGUGCUACAUAGAUGCUGGUUAAGUAAAAUAUUAUCUAAACAGCUUGACAAAGAUACCAGCUGCCCUUACCAUGAAUGAUUCAUGUGUCUAGAAUCCCUUUUAUUCACCCUUUGCUCUCCUCCCUUCCUGCACACACUUGUCUCAUUAUCUCAGUGGCUUGUUAUCUGUCUGAUUCUUGGACUUUCUGGAGGUAGAAGCAUCUCACAGCCUUUGGACACACAAUCGCUGUACUUAACCCAUGCUUUGCCUCACUUGUGGAGGAAAGGACAUUUUAAAGGGACAUUAUUAUAUUGCUUACCUGCUUAAAGGGUUACUCAAAGCACCUUGAACACUUCAGUGAUUUAAAGUGGUCAUGGUGCGUGGAGUCUGUAAGUGCAGUGUUUUGCUGUGAAAUUUGGCACACAUUAAGUGGAAUGCUUGGCUGCUGGAGUAGUAAUUCCUCCUCUGCUACUAGGGUAACAGCCUGGCUACUGUUAUUCUUGUGCCAUUUAUUCAUUAACUGAGAGCAGUCAGCUGAUUCAUAUGCUCGAAAUGUGUCACCACAGUAGCAGGGGGCCUAAGAGUCUGCUGGGACCCAGGUAUAAAGGCAAAUCAUUGAUAAACAGAUUGGCAAGGGUAUUCCUGGCAUUAUAACCACUACGUUGAGCUGACACGUUAAGUUAGGUGUUUAAAGAACAUCUGCAUCUUGCACAUCACGAUGCUAGAAUAAAAAUCUUUACUCUGUUCCACAGUAGGAAUUCUGCUUUAACUGCUGGAGUUUGUAUAACCGCAUCCUAGUGGAAGCUAUAGUUAACGUAAUGUAACAUACCGCACUCGGGUUCAUUUAUCAACUAUUUUGUAGAUCUGUCAUUGUAAACUUGUUUCUCUUAAUUUUUUGUAGAAUUACAAAAGUCAUCUUGCUCACCUGGCCACUGUCAUAUUUACUUUUUGUUUAGUAACAUUGAGUGUCAUGAAACUUGAAGGUCCUCUUCACUAACCUAACUACCUGUGCGUAAUCUCAGAUAAAUUGGGUAGUGGAGUAAUGCAUAAUGAGUACCAUAUUGAUUUGUGAAAGACCUCCUCAACUGUAGUUUUCCCCGGAGGAGCUGCUGCCUUUUGGAGCUGAUCAAUGUGAAGCUAUUAGUGAUCAUCCAUUUGCAUCACACUCUAAAGCGCCUUACCCACUAGAACUUAUUAUAGUGAUUGUGAUGAAUGUUUUUUGUGCUAUCCUUCCAUUUUUUUGUUGAGCAUUUUGUCAUAAAAACACAUAGCAUUACCAGUCCCCUCUUCUGCAGCUUACUUGUAUGGUAAUAUGUUUGUUUUUAUAUAUAUGUAUAUGUGAGAGAGAGCGCAAGCAGCUAAAAUCUCAUGUAAAUACCUAAAAAUUACACGAAAAUGAUAGCAAAGAAAAAUUUAACUCAGUGGAAUAAACCAUCAAGAGUUAAAACCCAGUGGAGCACUAAAAAGUAGUAUGUCCAAAUAGACACUUACCACACUGGUUCUUUCUAAUUACUGCAUGGUUGCUGAAUCAUCACCAGGUUGAGACUAUUGCUGUUCAGCUGAAUGCUACUUACGACCUCAGGUCACAUGUAAUGCCACAUUAAAAAAUUAUUGGCUUCAACUUACCACUACCUACUCAACAAUGAAAAUUCAAUACAAACUGCUCAGAACCACCUAGAUAAGAAUUGAUCUAAAAUGCUAAUGGCCUUACCUUAGACUUACACGUUAUACCUAUGCAUAGACAACAGUGCAUAUACUUCGGUUAAGAUUUAGCUCAAAUCCUUGCUGCAUACAUACGCUGACUGGAUAGAUGUUGCGAAUUGCUCACUUUUACCCAUGUCGGAAUUGCUGUGAAAUGUUAUUUGCCCUACCUUUGUUUGACAUACUAUGCCUCUGCAUAGGCAACAGUGCAUCAAUUUUUUUUUUUCAAACCCGUGCUAUGUCUGCUACUAUUUUGCACACGAAAUAAAGAAACUAUUUAACACAAAUAGACACUUACCCUUCUACAAAUAAAGGAAGGUAUAUUGGAACUGGGAUAUCUAAACAAAAAAAACAAAAAAAAAGCAAAAUAUGGUGGUGUAUGUCAACAAUUACAAAGUGGCAUAUACGUUUAUAUGGACCAAACUCACAUUGUAUUUAGCCCUAUAGGGAUAGGCUCAAAUCACAUUUGAUGAGGUAAAUCAGGUAAAACCAGACUUCUUUAAGAUUUUAAACUCUGAAGUUCUCAAAUAAAAGGGAAAAAGAGAGCGAAAAUGCUUCCAUCUUAAUAUUGUCAGGUAUAGUAAAGUUCCACAUUAUAUGAGCAUCAGCAGAAGGGCAUGGCUUUAUGUGCCCGGUGAGCCCUUGUUUUGUCAAAGUGCUCAAAUGGUUUGAGAGAAUAUGGGAGGAUGGCAACCAAAGAUUCCAUGCACCAUUACCACUACAGUAUGUAAAGGGCCACUCCAAAUUCAAUUGAAGUCCUUUAUUGUGUGGUGUGUGCCCUCUUUUUGCAAAAUGGUAAAGACAAAAACGAAAGUAACAGGACCAGUUGUCUGAUCGAGAGCUGGAGCUAAACUCAAGAGGCAGCUAUUGCCCAGAGCACCUGCCUUGCAAAGACUUCUCACUGAACAGCAUUGGGAAGGCUGUGAUUGGACAGCCACAUAAUGUCUGGGCGGAGUUAGAAGGGGAGGGCUUGCAUGGUGGUAGACAGGAGAUCUGCCACCUGUUUUUAGAUAAAAAAAAAAAAAAAAACCACGAUAAAAAAAAACAUAAUUAAAUGCAUGUAUGUUUUCAUUAGUGGUACAUCUAUUAAAUAUGGAUUUUUAUUUUAUUUGGAUUAGGGAGGUGGAGGGGAGGGUCUUCUUAUUUUUUUUUUUUUUUUGCAUUUGUUGGUUUACACAGUUGUCUGAUUUUAUAUCUUUUCUUCAUAAAGAGCCUUCCGUGAAAUGCAUGGACAGGGUCUCUCCAACACAAGUCAUGGAUGUUCCGGACCACAAUGGAGUUCCCUACCCCCCCAGGGGCUCACCCAGUGAGCACUCGCGUUCCAGAAUGCUUCAGCGACACCACACCAUUCAGACUAGCGACGAUGCCUAUGUAUGUUACAUUAGAUUAAAGACUUAGUGUGAUGAGAAUAAUGAAUACUUGUUGGUCUAAUACCAGGACAUUAGCAGUUACUGGAUGUCUAGAGGUUAAAUGCUAGUGCUUACACAUAGGAGAUUUACUAAACUGCCAUGUUUUGAAAAGUGAUGAAACAUUGCAAAAGGGGAGGACUUGUCAAUUGGUUCCACUAGUUUCAGUGGAGAAUGCUUUACUUUUAGUAAUUACUGCUAAUUUUCCCCAAUAUUGUAGAAAAAUCGCAGAUCAGAAAAAACUUUAAGGAACCCUUGCGGUUUGGAAAUCAUAACUUAUAUAAAGGAGCAAUGUGUAUUUUUGAUUUAUUUAUUUAUUUUGUAUGAUCGGAGAUUGCAUCAUCUGUUUAAAAAAAAAAAAAAAGAAAACAAGCAAAAGAAACACUCUACCUACAUUGACUACAUACAUCUUAUUCUUUUACAGGUGCAGUUAGAUAAUUUAGCGGGAAUGAGUUUAAUGGCAGGUAAAGCUCUAAGUUCGGCUCGUAUGGCGGAUGCUGUUCUAAGUCAGUCUUCGCUCAUGGGGAGCCAGCAGCUCCAGGAUAACGAAGGCGAGGGUGAGCAUUUACUUUCCACUUAAUCUUAUUGAUCUCACCAAACUUACUCUUAUUUCUUAUUUUUUCUGUUUUUCUUUACUUGUCCUUUCUUUAUCUCUCAAUCUGUAAAUUUAAAAAAAAAUGUUUAGACUGGGGUAGCCAGCAGCUCCUGGAUGGAGAAAACAAGGGUGAGCUUUUAUAAUUUAAGGGUUCUGUCAAAUUUCUUUUUUUGUGUAUUUGUUUGUUGUUUUCUUUUGCUUCUUCAUUCAUUCAUUCAUUCAUUCAUUCAUUCAUUCCUUCUUUCAUCUUGUUUUCUUACUCUUGCAUCCUCUUCUUGGUUAUGUGUUUACCCUCUGUCUGCAUGAUCCCCACCUCUUCCUCUGUGGAUGCAUGACCCAUUCCCCUUACUCCCUCUCUGGGGCGCAUGGACAGUACUCCUUACUCCCUCUCUGUGGAUGCAUGACCCAUCCUCCUUCCUCCCUCUCUGUGGAUGCAUGAUCCAUCCCCCUUCCUCCCUCUCUGUGGAUGCAUGACCCAUCCCCCUUCCUCCCUCUCUGUGGAUGCAUGACCCAUCCCCCUUCCUCCCUCUCUGGGGCGCAUGGACAGUACUCCUUACUCCCUCCCUGUGGGUGCAUGACCCAUCCUCCUUCCUCCCUCUAUGUGGAUGCAUGACCCAUCCCCCUUCCUCCCUCUCUGUGGAUGCAUGACCCAUCCCCCUUCCUCCCUCUCUGUGGAUGCAUGACCCCUUCCUCCCUCUCUGUGGAUGCAUGACCCCUUCCUCCCUCUCUGUGGAUGCAUGACCCCUUCCUCCCUCUCUGUGGAUGCCAACCUUUAAUUUCUUUGUGGCAAAUGCUUCUCUCUUUGUGGUGCAUGACUACCCCCCAGGCCUACCUUUAUGUGGUACAUGCUCCCAUAGGCCUCCAAUUCUAUAGUGCUUGAGCCUUGUACUAUGUCAUCCUUUCUGUAGAACUUUCCACCCUUCUCCCAGUAGUGCAUGGACUUGGUUUCUAUAGCGCGUUGAACCCCCAUGCGGCUCUCCAUCUUCUCCUUGAAUAUCUCUUGUGCACCCAUUCUUAUGGUUCAUUUGUUACUGUUUUGUUCAUCACUGCCAUUUACCAUUUUGCCUUUCUCCACUUAUUUCUUCCAGCAUGAGAAUUUCUAUUUUUCUUUUUACAGAUUGCGAGAGAGAUCCUGAAGCAACAGACCUGUCUGUGAUGGGUGACAAUGGGCAGCAUAUCCCCAAUUCCUGCUACCCCACCACCCUGCUGUUGGGAUAUAAGCACACAGAUAUGAACUUCAGCAUGGAGCAAGCAGGAGUGUGAGGAGAGGUAAAAUGCCACAUCCAUUUCACUUUAAGACAGCUCAGCUGACACAUUGAUGGCCAUGUCAAUACUACUAAAUUUCUUUAUGUACAUGUGAAUUUUGAAUAGUUUGUAAACUUCUUGUUUUGAGUUCAGAUCAGGACUAAAUGAUUAUCUAUUGCUGUGUUUGAGUGCAGUGUUUAUUUUAUAUAUUUUAUUUCCUGUCUGUCAUAAUGUUUGAUUAGAGGACAGCUUGUUGCACCAGACAUGUCUUUUCCAGUAACUUUGCUUGUGAAUUAGUUUAUACUUCCUAAUCUUUGCUUGUUGAUCAAUAACCUCAUUAGAUAUUCUAAUUUGUCAUAAUUGAGUGAUUUGGCAGGACCGAACGUUGGAGCACACACAUCUCAAGAGGUUUAACUAAUCCAUUAUUGGCCUUUUGCAGGUUUUCUGUCAAGUCAUAGAGGGUCCCAUCUUCUGAACACCAACAGUAUCUGCAGCUUUGGAGCCAAACUUCAACCGUAUUCCUUCCAACUGACCCCGGUGCCGCUCCAUUCCCCACAGACUUAUUCUGGAAGUCGUCAUGCCCUUUCCCCCCAUUAUGGUUCUUAUUUUGUUACUCUGUAAACCCACACCUUCCAAACAAGAAUCGGGGCUGCCACAAAAAGGGGAAGAGUGAAUGGUGGGGAGAUGAUGUUUUAUUUCGUAAACAUGAAUCAGACUAUGAGGUUCUGCCCAUGUAGACAGAGGGAAGGAGAAUGUUAGUUUUUUUUGCGGGAAAGCAACAGGGAAAGUUAGGGUAAUGGAAUAUUUGGUUAUUUUCAAAUAUUGAAAAACCAGCAAAAGAAUCCCAUUCAGAAAUAUGGCAGAAGAACUGGCAAGAGGAUUUUUCCCCAUCCGUUAGUGUAUCAGCUGACAUUGCUGGUACUUGCGCUGGUUCUGAUGGGAGAAUCUGGCGUCUGCGGAAGGCUACUUGACAGGAAAUGUGGUUGUCUGAAGAUGGGCUGGCAGGAGAAGUUGGCUGUUAAGGUUGAGGGUUGGUAACGAGGAGAGUGUGUGUAUGCCAUAGUCGAUCCUUUAAUGACCGGCUUUCUCUUAGUUUUUGAGACAUAACAAAGACACACUACACUGGCCAGUAACUUAAUUGAUGAACGUCACAGAAACCCCUUUUUUUGUAAUUUGCACUAUUUUUAUUGAGAGUCUAAAUAGCUGUAGCAUUAGCAGAGACUUCAAUUCAUUCUUGUUGAGUGAAGGGAAAGCCAAAGAAUAGAAAGAAUCCUCUACAAGGAGGGCACAUAGAUUUAUCAUUUAUCUCUGAAUUUCGCUGUACAUAGAUUAUCCAGAUGUUUUCACUUUUUACGGUAGUAAUGUAAGGGUAACUCCAUCUGUCAAAUGUCCACUAAAGGGAGACUCCUUUUUUAAUUUUGAGGUAUAUCUCCAGGUAUAAUUCCAGUCUUCAAAUAAUACUAAGGGCUUGGAUUCCAGCAGUUAUCCUUGGCAUUUUACAUAAAGAGGUGCUAUUUUUUUUUUUUUUUUAUUAUUAUUUUUUAUGGGUGGCAUGGAAGACCAAAAAUGGACUAUAGAAAGAUCAAUCUAUUUUCUGAUGUGCUAUUAAGUAAACUCCAACCAUAAUGGGGCUAUACCCAAACCCCCCUUUCUUACAUACACCAUCUUCUUCAAACCCUGCCCAUAGGGUUAUUUACCAAAAAUGUAUUGCUUUGUCAUAACUUUGUUCUUAAAGACCAAUGUCCUACUUGCUUGGUAUCAGCAGGGCAAUGUGGACCUGCUAAUGAUGCUUUUGUAGGUUCUGCACAAGAUUGUCAUGGCUGCAAAGAAAUGUCAUUUGUCCAUAAGGUUUUAAUUUAAAAUUUUAAGGUGGUGUCACUACUGUUUCUCUACCUAUAAGGCACAGGAGUUGCAAAUUUUGCACUCGUUAGACGUAGCUGUGUAUGAAUGACUGGACCGCUUCUAGAGAUUUACAUAUAUAGAUAUAUUUACAGAUAUAUAUAAGCCUGUAAUACAAAGCUUUAAUUCGAUCUCUGAAAGGAAGGAAAUAUGUUUUAUAAGUCAGCCCCACAUAGUCAUUACCAAUAAAUAUAUUAAUACUUCCUAUCUUUUUAAAAUUUAUUUUAUUUUUUUAGAUUCAUUCUCCUGGAAUCCUUUUCCUAGAUUUCAAUUUGGUAUUUUUAUCAUGUCACCUAGGUGUUGUGUUACUAGUGGGGAUACAGUGAAACAAAUUAUGUACACACUGUGCUAAAAUAAUUAAUGAUAUACAUCCAAAGGAAAGGAUAGCUUCAUAUCCUGUCUGUCAGGACCCACAGUGAAUGCAUACUGUUAAUAGAGACUUACCAAUUAUUUAUUUAAAACAUAUAUGUGGGUCUUUGUAUAUUUCCAUUUUUUACUAGCAUGACAAUCCUUUUUUUUUUUGUGUGUGUAGGGGGUUAUGAUCUAUGCCCACCACACAUGCUGCUCACAACUGUUUAGGUAACUGUGUCCACUGAAAUUGGUUACCUGACUAUUAACCCCUUAAGGACCAAACUUCUGGAAUAAAAGGGAAUCAUGACAUGUCACACAUGUCAUGUGUCCUUAAGGGGUUAAGUGCAGUCAUGACUCCCUUUGUAAUUUGACCCUGAAUCAAGAGUUAGGAAUAUAUAUAGAUAUAGAUAUAUAGAUAUAUAUAUAACGUGUGUGUGGUUCUGGGGUUUUACAAAUGAACAAUUCAUUGGUUGCAGGCUUAUUUUAAAUGUAAGUUUCUAGAAAGCUUGCUGAUAAAUCUUGGCCUCUUAUAAUCCAAUUUGUGAUGUUGAUGGUCUUCUGUUGAAGAAGCAGUUUUUUUAUUAUUUUAUAAUUAAUCAGCACAGCUUCCCAGAGAGUCUUUUAAUAACAAUUUUUUUUUUUUUUUUAAACCUUUUCACUUGUUUAGUGUUCAAAUGACUGAUUAAUUCUCAUGUAAUCCCAUUCCGUUAAUCAGUUCUGAAUUAUUUUAGUCACAUAGCAUACAGUGUUCUUAAACAUCCUUUGAAAACCCCUUCACUUACAGGGUAAUUUACAAACAAGAGAAUUCAGUUUUUAGGUGCGCCCCUCUUUAGGGUUAAAUCUUACCUUAUUUCCAGCCCUUCACGGGUCUGCAUGCACUGGCCAUGCCCCUAAUCCGCCUCUUUGGCUGACAUCAGAAUUGAUGAUCUCAGCCAAUCCAAUACUUUCCCACUGGAGGUGUCCCCAGGCUUCAAUGUAAACACUGUCUUUUUUAUGAAAAGACAGUGUUUACUACAAAAGGCCUGUAGGGACUGACUAUACUCACCAGAACAACUGCAUUGAGCUGUAGUUGUUCUAAUGACUAUAGUGUCACUUUAAGUUCAGAGUAGUGAAGCUGAAAGCAUACCUGACUUUUAUAGAUUUUAUUUUUCUAGUUAAGCUAUUUUGACCUUAAAUUUGGAAUGUCCCUUUGGAUUCUCACUUUAGUGAAUAAUUCUUAGUGUUUUGGCUAAUGUUUGGGAUUGUGAGUAAAAUUGUACUAGUUUUGUUAAACUUAGUUACUAGGGCUCACGUUACAAGCCCUACUAGCACUCUAUAUUUAGCAGAUUUUCUAUACUUGGUUCACAGAUUACUGUAGGUGCUAAAGUCUCCCCAGCCUGCACUCUGCGCUUGGUCUAAUGCGGGCAUUGGCAGGCUUAUUCUGUGCUCAAUUACCUCCAUAUCAGAAACAAAGCAUAUUACGUGCAAAACUACAUAGAGGGUAACUCUGCUGCAGUGUAUAGUAUUUGUCCAAAGCACACUUAAUGCUAGUCAGCCGUUGAAAAUAACUAUGCCAUCAACAUAAGUGAAGGCAGCAAUAGACGCUCGAAGGGUUUCCUUAAUAAACCUAAACCAAGAAUUGUACAUUUAUAGAAUUAAAAAUGAUUGGCUGAAAUAGACAAAAAUUAUAAUUUGACAGCUUGUAUAUCUUGGACAAAUGUGUCAAGUUCUUUUUAGUUCUUCACAAUUCAAGGUUUAGUGAAUAAACCAAUGCUACGUUAUAGUUAAGCACUAUAUUAGUGAAAAACACACUUCUCUUGCAAGGCUAAAUUUUGUUGUUGUAAUUGUUUAAUGUGGUCCACUGAUGAUUCACCGUUGAGACGUUGCCCUAUAGUAACAUACUCAGUAUGUGCCAAUGACUGAUUUCACAACACCAUGUGAAAAGACAUACUUACUAUGGAUGUUAAUGGCAUCUGUUGCUGAGUCAGUUUUUGAAACCAGACGUGCACUUUGUUAAUCUCAGUCUCCGUCUGGUGGGAGAAUAAAGAUAACCUACACAGUGCCAACUUCUCCUGUCCACCCAUCCUCAGACAUGCGGAUCCCAGGCAGUGCCUGCAAGGUGCUUGGGAGUUUAGGCCUGGUGCAAUAUGCUACUUAUUUUACAUAGAAUUAUUUUUACUUUUUUGUUUUGUGUUUUUUCCGUUUGUCAGUUAUCAUGAUCAGAGUUAACCCCUUGUGUGCCAAGGAGGCAUCGUACCCAAAUGGCACCAAAGGGUUACACUCUGCAAGUGUUCCAUAUGGAGUAUAUUUGGGGGACUGUGUAAAUGUUGGGUAUGUAUGUAUGUAUGUAUGUGUUGUAUACUUUAGUGACUGAGCAUGUAUAUAAAGGCAGGGCUGCUUGCAAAACAUCGUAUUAAUGAUAUGGUCAUUUGUGUCCUGAUUAAGUGGUCACAGUUGAUGAUCUCCUAAAUUUAGUUGACACAUUUGCAUAUCAUUGUACAUGGUGUCUAAUACCAUGGUUUACUAUAAUCAAUGCAUUAACUGACCAAUACUAAUGUUAUGCUACCUAUAUGAUAGGUGCUGAAGAUGAGACAUAUCCUAAACUUAAAAAAACAAAAAGCCAGAAAAAAAUCCCCCAUAGACUUGACACAUACUCUAAAUUAAUUGUGAAAUACAAACCUUCAGCAUGUUUUUUUUGUUUUUUUACUGGCACCUUGUUUAGUACACUCCAAGUAGUAUUAUGCAAGUGUGUUCUUAAAUAUGGCCUCCCCAUAAAAACAGGAACAUUCACACAAAAAGCUUAAGCCCUAAAGCCAUUAGGCAGUCUAUACUUCACAAACACAAACAAGACUUUGUGCUGCACUUUGACCGUAUAGACUUUACAAUAUGUAUUGCCCCCGAUCCCUCUCUAAACACACAAAUUCCUAAGUGUCCAAUAAUCCUUUUGCUGCAUUGCCAACCCCCAACUUUUGCACAGAUCGCUCACCCUUUGCUCAUAUCUCUUGUCUUCAUCCCAAUUUCACACUGCCCAUCCUUUGUCACAUACUGAACAAUAUCAGCAUGAGGCAUGUUAUCUCUAGUCUUUCCCACUAAGCAAAAUAUUGAAAGGCAUAUGUCAAUGUGGUGAGCUGGCACAGCUGUGUUAGAAAGUUGUGUAAAGAACCACAGAGCAGCUUGCAUACGUGCUAAAAAAAAAUAAUCACCCUGUCUUUAUAUACAUGGCGUGUAUGUGCUGUCCCUGUACUCAUUAUUUUAUUUUCGGGCAGUGAGGCCUCUUUUUCUCUUACAAACACAAAUAUCUAAGAAUAUGUAUAAAAAUAAAUCCUUCUGCUGUUCAGCAGGCCCCCUUCCCAUACUUUGUUGUAAGAAAUGUUUUCUUUUUUUUUGUCAUUUUUUUUCUUUUGUUUCCAUAAAUGUUGUUAUAAUUAUUAUUGUUAUUAUUGAUAAUAAAACAAAACAAAAAAAAAAGACGUUUGUGUUUUAAGAGAGUAGAAUAGAGGGUUACAUUACUGAGCCCCAAUCAUCGUGUUCAUUUGUUUUUUGAUUCAUUUUCCAUAUUUUUUUUAAUUGAUUUAAACUGCUCAAGUUGCACAGAGGUCUCUAGAAUCUGAGUAAAUUCCUAAAAUGUUUAUUUGUUAAAAACUAAGCUCAAACACUAUUUUUUUGUGCAAUUUGUAAGCUUUUAUGGUUAGGGGAAUUUUAUUUAAACUUUUCACGAAUGCCAUAUCAAUGGUAAACGGUCUGAUUCCAAGACUGAUGUGAAAUAUAUUAGUGCAUGGGGCUUGAAAAUGUGAGGUUUUUCUCCUGUUUUGUAACUAGAUACACACUGGGGAGCAUACUUGCUAUUUCGAAAUUGCCUGCACAUAUGGACAUCCCUGUAUGUCUCUGUAACAUUCCAUGACAGUGUCACAAACAGAGAUUUUUAUUUCCAUCUUAAAAGCAUGCUAUUCAGUUGUCAUGAAAGGAGGCGUCAUUAUUGUGGGACAUGGUUAAUGUAUUUCAAAAUGUUAUUACCAAUAUUAGGUGAGCAAAACUGCUUCCCAUUUCCCUGCUACAAUGUAAAUGAUAUUGGGUGGUCCAAGUGAAUUGAUCACAAACGUUUACUUGUUGGCAUGCGUUUGAAAUGCCAUGUGCUGCUCAAUCUUGUUCCUAUUAUGAGUAGAUAAGUCAUAACAGACACUGUUUGGGGCAAUUUGGAAAGAUCUCUUGACCCAUAAAGAAUUAAUGGGAUCUGUUAGUCAAAACCGAGAAGGAAGGGAUAUUAUACAAUGUUUAUUUAUUUCAGUGCCCUGUGGCAUUCAGGAGUUUGGGCUACUUUUAGGCCGCUGCAGCCUCCUGGUUCGACACGCUGAGUCCUUCACAGCCACAUUCCAGCAGCCUCUAAAGUAACUACUGAUAUUUUCUUGGAGUAGUGGUGGAUGUUAUGUAGCUUUGAUUUGCAUGCUUUUUUUAUAUGCAUCCUUUCCUUGUCUUCUAUUCUCUUACAUUUUUUUUUUGUAUGCUUCCUUUUUUUAUUUUAUUUUUUUCUUGAAAUUCCUGCUGAAACACCAGUUAGAACUUUGCUUUUUUCUUCUUCUUGAAAUAUGCAAAUUAGACUCUUACAUAAACUUACAUAGCCAACCAUUCUCAAAGAUAUUGACCAUUAUCUGCUGACACAGCUGCUAAGGGCCAGUCUUUAUAUUUGGUCAAAAUCUGUCCUUUCUUCCCAUUGAGGUUCACUUGAUCAGACUAUAUAGCUUUGGGGGGGCUUAUAAAUAUAGUGCUAGAAUAAAGGAUUAUGGAUGUCAUAUUGCUAAUAUGCUACCACAAUAAAUCUUACUUCAAAAACAUUUUCUUAAUAACUCCUCCUAGAAUGCAUGUUCUAGUAUUUUAACAGUUAGAAUCUAUUUGCUCAAACAGCUAGCCUUACUCUAGAACUCAAAUAACCCUUUGACUUGCAGAGAACUAUAGGAGUUUUGGCAAAGCAGCUGGACAUACAUGUCUUUAGUACAAAUGUUGUCCCUAUAAUUUGCUUGAUGGUGCACAGUUGAUCAACUGACGUUUAUAUACAGCAGAUAAAUCUUGAUAUAUUCAGCAGCCAUUUGUGGGCUGUUCCACCUGCAAAACAAUGCGAAUCCAAUAAAAAAUGCUUUGAAUCCAGCAUUUUAAAAUGUUGUGACCAGUAAUGUCCCAUAAAUGUGUAGAAAUUAGUUUUAAACAGGAGAGGAUUACAAAGAGUUGCGCGCUCUCUCUCUCUCUCUGUCUCUCUGUCUCUCUCUCUCUCAACUUUUCAUCUUGUCUGGCUGGUCACAAUUCAGAACCAAAGUAAACAGACAAAUUUACUGACUUGCAGUAAAUUAUUAAUUUCGAUAUACCCACGAGAUAUAGUGAAUAUUUGUAACCGGGAAAAAAAAAACCUCACAAACCAUAUAAUACAAAUGGGUAAGUGAUCGAUGGGUUCCACAUUUGACAUCUUAAUAGGUACAAGGCUGAUGUCAUGUUAAUUAUGGUUACUUGACUCAAUGGGACAUAGGUUACACGUUUGAGUUGUGGAAUCAGCACAAGCUGCUCUAAAAUACAGUUUCUUUAGCUUAGCGGGUCAGAGGAUGUUCAUUUAGACUCGAUGGCAACAUCUGCCUCUGUAAUGAAACCAGAUUUCACCUGUACAAAAAAAGCUAUGAUCAAAUGCAUCUUGCAGGGCAACAAUGAUUUCAAUGCAGCCUUGUGGUUUAAAACUUUUUUAAUAAAAAGGUAAAUUAAUUAGUUUUUUUGUUUUUGGACAUUCUAUUCCAGAAGUGGACAAAUUGUAAAUCCAGCCUAUUGAGUGAUGCUUUGCCAGCCUCCAAUAUUUAACAAAUAUGUAUUUACGACAUCUGAAAAAUGUAAUGUAGAAAUACACAAUGUUGUGUUAACUCUAUCCUGGAACUGAAUGCCUCCAUUGUAGUUCACUCUCAAAGGUUUUGCAUCUGUCUGACAGAGAGGGAGAGAAGGGGACACUGACGUUAUGUAUAAAUGCGAUAUGAAAAUUGGUACAACGUUCUAUAAAAGGGGCCAUCACCAUAGAUACGUAGAAGCACCAUGCUUUGAUGAUCUCUCCUCUUUUCCAUGUUUGCACAGCUUAUCAGAACACCGCACUUCUUAAACAAUGUUCUUUGAUGUCUCUGUUGCUUCUCCCAGUAUUUAAUGUGCCAGGGCUAAACUGGAGUGGGAUGUCUGUAGCUAAAUCUUGGUAGGAACACUGCAAGCACCACACCCGGGGCACCACACUGGUAGUGGUUAUGGUGCCAGGAGAGGCCUUACACCACCCACUGUGAGUCAGUUUUAGAACGGUUUGACUGUUCACUGGCUCCCGUUCUCUGCUUCCUCUUCGGCUCUGUGAGAGCCACAAGGCCGGGCUUACCCAAGACAAAGCAUGCUACUUUUUGUGUGUGAAAGUAGUAGAGACGGAGUGGCGUCCAGCAGAUAUCCGUUAACAAGUCAAACUUUCUAAAAUGGUUCAACUCCUUUAAAUGGGGGUACCAAACCCACUACAGCUCACUAUUUGGAUUGUUCUCUUAAUAUAAAUAAAAAGAAAGCCAAUUUCUAUGACAAAGGUUAAUACAAGUUAUAGGUGUAAUGUGGGGUAAUUGUAAGAGACUUCCCUUUUAUAUCUUUUUUCCAAAAUGUGGCAAUAGCCAGGCAUUCACAUCAAAGGUUACUACUGUCAGAUUUUAAGGUUAUCACAGUGUGAAUGCAAAUUUGUAAAUUGUUUAUUCUUACAUUAUUUUACGUAAUAAAUCAAUUCUUAAUACUUGGGAAGGUAUUUAAAGUAUCUGGCAGCUUGUUAUAUUAGAACACUUACAUUUUAUUAUUUUUAUAACUUUGCGCACUCUUUUUUUUUUUUUUUUCUGUUUUUUAUUUUACGUAAGAUGAGCUCUAACACCCAUCACAUUUUUCACAACACUGUAGAGUUGAAUAAAGUUUGUCGACAUGUUUGCAACCAUCCUCCCAUUGGCUGUAGAAUCUUGAUUUGCAGUAUGUCCCAAACAGAGUACACAACAUGGAACUCCUUUUGUCAACUGAGAGCAUAGAGAGAUCUGUGACUUCUAUAGUCUAGAUCACCCUUUCUCCGUUCCCUUGCUUGUUACUGUAUCCGUGAAUGCAGUAUCUGAUACAUGCAAUGAUAGAUUUGAUUUAUCACUUGUGUGAUGCCAUCAGAAAUAGCGGUCUAGUGCAAUGCUUAACUGUUAUAUUUUUUUCCCCUCCUCCCCUACAUGAAACCAGCACACCUGGUUCUGUUGCAGUGUAGCUGUACACGUCACUAUAAUAACGGCAAGUCUUGUGUUCAUGGACUAUUUAUUACCCUUACAAGAAAUGGUAAAUCCAGGAUUGGCUGAGAUUCAGUUUUGGAAAUACCAUAUAACCUAGAUAUGUCACGCUCAGAUUUUUUUUUUUUUUCUUUCUUUCUAAAGCUUUAUCUUAAUACAUAUAGCGUUAAAUCCAUUUGAAAGUGUCCCUUUAAUUUAAAGCUACCAAGUUACAGUGACUGUGAGCUCUGUGGGUAGCUGUAUACAUCAUAGAAAGGUUUAUGUGAAAAAGAUUGCAGGGUUGCAUUGAAAUCAUUGUUCUGCAAUUUGUAUACUUGAUGUCGCUUGUGAAGGGCGGUGGUAUGUCUGCCAUAUCUUAGAGUAUCCAGGUAUAUUAGUUAUUUGGUGGGUUUUAUGGUAAUUGUGCUACAGAGAUACAUUAAAGGGACCCACUCCACUUUAUCUCAAUGACGUGGUCUGAGUGAGAAAGCCCUGACAUUUUAACCCUGUAAUCUAAAACUUUGUUGUUUUGUAGGAAUGACAAUAUUUCCAUUGCAGGGCUAAACAUGCCUCUAGCAGCUGACUUGGUGUGAGACUGUUCUCAAUCAAAUGCUUCUCACAAGGAGCAUUUGAUUGGCGCAGGGGGGUGAUGUGCUGCACAUGCGCAUUAACCCGCCCAUGCUUCCCUAUGGAGAAGCAUUGUAUUGGCUGAGAUCCAAUCUAUAUGAUCUCGGCCUGCGGGACAGCAGCAUAGAGACCAACGCGGCAAAGGUUAAAUGGUAAGUUAAAAAGGUUUGUUUUGGGAUUUUUCCCCACAUACAGGGUCUGGUAACCUAAAUAAUUACUAGAUCAUUAUAGCAUUAGGUAUAUAUGUUUGUAAUUGUAAUGCUAUAGUGUUCGUUUAAAAAAAUGAUUAUGUAAUAAAUACAAUUGAAUUGAUGAUAAAUGCCAAUAAAUGGGUGUCUCUUAAUGGUUGGAAACAAUGGCUGACGGCCGACAUUGGUAACUAUGGCUGGGAUAUUCCCCCCUCCCUUCUAGAAGCAUUGCUCAAGGGGCUGGAUAUCUGGUCAUCUCACUUGAGCUUUUAUCUCAUAAACUGCAAAAUAUACAAAAUGUUGACUAUUCUUAAAUGCCAUAGGAUAACCAUUAUCAUUGUAUAGAUAUAUUUUUUGAAUUUUGAACCUUUUGCUAUGAAUUUAUUCUGCAUUACUUUGCAGAUUAACGAUCAAUGAAUGAAAAUGCACUACUAGUCACCAAUCAGUAUAAAGAGAAAUAACGUGUAUUAUGUGGGAAAAGAUAGCAGUCCUUAUAAUAGUAAGGGUAUAUUAUAAGAAUAUAGAAAUUUUAUCAUAUAGAAUAGAAUGUUUUACAGCAGAGAAAUAGUAUCUAUACUUGUUAACCGUAACCAAAGAAUAUGAGAAGUGGUCCACAGACAUCAGUAGGGCAUUGCUUAACCAUCACUACUGAAACGGAUGAAUUUAGGUUUUCUAUUGUAAGACUGUUUUGGACAGAUACACAUGCUCUUGAAUUUUAAAGGCUUAAUGUCCUAUAUUGAAGCGGAGUCUUGCUUAACAGACUCUUGGAUUCCAGUUCGAGCACAGUAGCUUGGCCUGAGUUGUCUAAUUGGCAUUAACUUUUUUUUUUUUUUUUUUUUAUUGUAAUUAACCUGGAAAUUUUAGAUUAAAGAGUUUAGCCACUUCUGAAUAUGAUAAGGAUUUAUAAAAAAAAAAACAAACACACGAUUUUAUUCACAGCCGCAAAUGUUUAGUAAAUGAAUCCAUUCAUACCAAGCUCAUUAUUUCCUAAAAGUAUAAAAAAAAAUUCAUAAUUUUAUGUCUUGGCAAUCGAUAAGAUGUCCCUUAUGCUUCAAACAAGUUCACACUGCAGGAUCAGAAAAUGUCCCUUUUUUUUUUUAAACUUAGAUGACCUAUUUCAGGGUAUGACAGUUAAGGGAAAAAAGUGUGACAGGGAUUAAUUAAAAUCCAUGCUACAGCAGGAUAGUCUAAUACCAGUCAUUAAGCUUAUUAAUGAACUACAACAGAGGUGGAUGAAUUCUAAAUUCCCACGUGUCAAAAAUCUGCUCCCAGUCGAGUAAGAUUGGCAAGGGAUGAUAAAGAGUAGGACUUCAACUUCUGAGGAUCUUGUCCAACCCUGGCCUACAACUCCCAUGAAAUAUUGCAAGCCACUUGCUACUGACCAAAAUUUGUGAGUUGUAGUUUUCAUAAAGCCUGAGAUCUGGUAUUUGGCUGCCCUCGCUUACUAUGUGUAUAUAUAUAUAUUUUUGUACAAGCAUAUGUCUUGAAAGAACGUAUGCUUUUAUAGACUGUGCUUACGUAAUGAUCUGCAUCAUAUCUUGUCAAGAGGUUUAAUACAAUGGUAGCAUUUUCAGAUCGAUAUAUUGUUUUUGACAGGCUCCAAUAAUGUUAAUGUCCCCAAAUGAUGAACUUGUAAAUUUUUGUGACAUGGCGUGAGCCGCCUCCUUUGCAUCCAAUACACGCAGGAAUACGCUGAAUGUAACAGAACUGCUCUUUAACUGAAAUUUGUCCAAAGUAAAUAGUUUUUUUUUUUUUUUGGUUGAACUUUUUAAUUUAACUAUUUAUGUUAAAACUUAAAAAAAUAAAAAUAAGAAAAAAUUUGUGUUUUAAAAUGGCUGUUUCAGUAAUAAAUAUAUAUUUUUUUCUUUUUCUGUUUCAUGAGGUGUCAGAAAAUGAUUUUGGAAGUGAAUUCCUGGAAAUAAACUUGUG